AUGGGGAGGAAGAAAAUACAGAUCACAAGAAUAAUGGACGAACGGAACAGACAGGUGAGAAAUAAUAAUGUUAAGCAAAGGUGGUCAUUUCAUAUGGCUUCCCCAAUAGCAGAGUCCUCCUCAUCUCCUUUUCCUCUUGUGCCAUAUCUAUUAGAUGGUAAGCCUGUUUGGUGAUUUGUCUUACUUUUAUUGAUCUUAUGCAGUAUAAGGUGCUAUGGAAGGUUUUUUGGCUGACGAAUGGGGAUAAAAUGCUUUAAGUAAGUAAUUGUGUCAUUAAUUUGCCAAUAACUUGAUUUAACGGCAUCUGGCUCCACACACUUUGUUGACAGAGCAGAUACAGUUUGAGUCAUGUGUGCGUCAUGUGACCAAACGACCAAUAAGAAAAAGUAUAAAAUACAGAAUAAUAACUAAGAUCAGACAAUCCUAGCAGUUCUAAGGCAUGACAACAUUUAGAUCAGUGAUGGCCAAACUUGGUCCUCCAGUUGUUUUGGGACUACAAUCUCCAUCAUCCCUGACCACUGGUCCUGUUAGCUAGGGAUGAUGGGAGUUGUAGUCCCAAAACAGCUGGAGGGCCAAGUUUGGCCAUCACUGAUUUAGAUAUUUUCUACCAGCUUCGUAAAUUGCAUCUGCCUAAUAUUGUUUUUUAAUUGGUUGGCCUCUUUUGUUGUCUGCUCCCCAACCCCAACAUAUUAAUGUGGCAAAAUUCCAUUGACACGGAUACAAAUUUCCAUUGACACGGAUACACCAAUCUAUAAGAGAGGCUCCAAAGCGGGCCCUAGUACUCUUUUCUCUCAAAGUUUACUACCAAAAAGAGGUUUAUGCCAGCUUCCUGUUGAAACUAUCGACACUUACUGACUUAAGGAGGUGGUGGUGGAAGAUAUCAGUUUAACCUAUUGGCAAAAUCAUACACAAACUUGUAUCUUUUAUGGGGGGGAAACCCCCAGCAUCUGACAUUAAAUCAGCAUUUUAACUGUAUUUGUUCAGUAAGAUGAAUACAGUAGUAAGGAAACUUUUCAUGUUUUCAGCCAGUUCUUGUUUAGAAAUAUACUAUUGCUAUUAUUUAGCUGUACUUUUAUUAUGUGUGUUCCUUUACAGACACAAGAUAGUGGCAGUGCUAUCUGUCUUAAACUAUUAUUACUAAGUACAUAGUGAGGGAAGUCUUAAAACAUUCCUCUUCAGAUAGGAUUAUACCUCAGCUCUAUCCUGUAUACAAAGUAACUGAUACUCUGGGGGAUUAUAAUUAACAUGAGACUGUCAUUGUAGUGGUAAUUACAAACUCUUAUCUGCCUGAAUGAGCUGUAGGCCAUUUAUAUAAUUGAGCUAGAUGGAAUAAAUGGUUGUAACUGGGCUAUUAAAGGGACUCAGUGUCAGCAUCAUCAAAUAGUCUUCUUUGUUAACAAUUAAGAGAGAACUUUUCCCUAUAAGAGAACUUUUCCCCAUUAAUUAAGUGUAUAAAAGCAUUUUGCAAAUGCUUAUCAGGUCUGUGACCUUAUAAGAAUUUUUUGUUAUGUUUUUGCAAAGGCAGAACAUUAGAUUCUGUAAACAUUAGAUUCUGUAAAGCCCCUGAUGGACUUAAUAAAACACUGAGAAGGCUUGCCCUUCACUGUUGUGCAAAGUUGAAAUCAUUUUAUGCAUUAUUCUGGUUUUAGAUGUUUUUAUUGCAAAAGAGGAAAAUUGGCUGUUCACUUGAAGCUUGCGUAUAGUGGUUCCACUUACGAUUCAGUCUAAGAUGGAUUGCUUUAGUGCGGGCAAAUCUCCAUACAGUGUCAGUGAAAUGGUUGGGUAUGCAAUACAUGUGGGUGGGCUGAGAUUAACUAUUUGUCCUGAAGAAGUACCGUAACUGCUUGUCCUGAAGAAGAAAGCUGCACUUGAGGCCACCCUUAUAAGAUACUCAGUGGGUGGGUGACAUCCACUGCUUUACUUAUCUAGACUGUUCCUUCUCUCCACCCUACCAAUUGCUUAUCAUCUCCCCUACUAAUCUAACCCCACCACUGGAGCAUUUGUUAGAGUGUUUAAUGAGACACCCAGGUUUAUAUACUGUAUUGGCUCAGAUAUAAGCCUCACCUGAAUAUAAGCCGCAUCUUUAAAAUUCAAGGGAGAAAAAGAAAAAAAGACAAUACCCAAAUAUAAGCAGCUCCCUUAAAAUUCAGCAGGCACUCACACCCGUUCUGUUUUACCGUAUGUUUGUUUCAGCAGUGAUAUCGUAAAAGCCAGUUUUUGUAAGGUCGUGAAUUUAAGCCACACUUUAACUUUUCACGGUCAGAAUUUGGGGGGGGGGGGGGAAGCCUUAUAUUCAGGUACUGCCUGCCUUAUACUUUGAGCCAAUUUGAUGGUUUUGCUGUUGAUGUUUAAAGCCCUAAACAAUGUGAGACCAGGAUACUUUGAUGAGUGCUUCCCUGGAUCAUAUUAAAUUAAUCUUUAAGAUCUUAAGAGGAGAUCCUGCUAGCUGUUUGAUGACUAGUGGAUUGUCACUUGAAGAUGACUUUAUCAGUGACAGCACCCCCCAUGGUCUCUCUCAGGUAAUUUGUCAGGUGGUGACAGGAAUGAUUUUUAAAAGCCUUUUGAAAAUUUAACUUUAUGCAAACUUCUCUGGACUCUUGAUGCUUACAUUUAAAAUUUUUAUUUAGUAUACUGCUCAGGUUUAUUUGUGAUACACAAUUGUCUAUUUUCUUGUUUUUAUUUACUUUUUUAGGUGAUUUUAUUGAAUGUUGUUGGCAUUCUUACUGUUGCAAACAAUUUAUGAACUUUUAUUAAGAGAUAUGCAUGGAUUAUCAUGUUGUUCAAAUGGUAACUUUAUAACACACGGAAACCAAGUUGUGUAUAGCUUGUUACCAUGUAGUUAGAAAUCACGGGAUAAGCCUCAAUUUAUUGAAAAUAGUCACAGAGCAGGGGUGUGUCUGAAGAACUUGUCACUAUGUGAUUAUGUUGUUAUUUUGCCACAGUGGAGUGUGUUUUUCCCUGUGAGACAUAGGUUGGGUGAUUGGCUCACAGUUGCUGCCCAAACUAUGCAGUUUUCUAAAGGCAAUUUGAAGCAACUGGCAUCCUGUAAGGGUAAAAUGAGAAGGUGGGAGGAGAGCCAUGUAUAUCACUCCGUGCUCUUCGAUGGAUUAAAAAUGUAAUGUCUUUUUGGCACUGAGCAUUAUAUGGAUAUAGAACUAGAUAAUACAUUUUGGUAAAUUUCCUUGUCUGCUAUGUGAAGCAAAAGAGAAACUGGGGUUUGGAAGAAGUUUGUUGCAAUUAUUGUGAGUGCCAGUUAACUGGGUUAGUGCGAUUGCAGAGGGAAUACUUUUCCACAUGUCUCCUCUGUAUCUUUACAGUCUGACCCUUAAGUAUAGUAGUAGUUGUCCAUUUCAAUGCGUAAUACCUACCCUAAGUAACAGCAAAAGUAAAUUUGUUGCAUUUCAUUUUGUUUCAGCGUUUGAAAUGGUCUAAUUUCAACUCUCCUUGAGCUGACCUUUCAUAAGCAUAGUCUGUGUUAAUAAACUUCUUAUUUACAUCUAUAUACCUUUUCUAUGCUGCAAGCAGUUUUACAUACAAAUAUCACAGAACAUUUAAAUACGGCAAUUAAACAUAAGAUGCCAAAAUCAAAAAGCUUGUGAAACUUUGUAAACAUCAAAUGAACUUGGAACUGCCUAUUAAUUGUCUCCAGAAGCCUUCUGAAAUAAGUCUUGUAAUCUCUGCAAAAGGUCCUAAGCAAAGAGGUGUAUUUGACCUUAUAGCAGAUGUCUUUACUUCAAAACUGACGAACUGUCCAGGCAGCUCAAGGGAGAAAUGAUCUUCCAGGUUAUUCUCCAUCAUUGAAGGAGUUCAAAAUAAGAACCAGCAGCUUGCACUUGGGCCCAGAAACGCCAGAUAACUAGUACAGUUCAAUUUAUUUUUGCUUCCCAAGUGUUCAUUAGGUGGUGAGCUACAGCAUUCUUCACCUGCAUGAGCUUCGGAAUAGUUUCCAUUGACAAUCCCUAUAAAAUGCAUUACAAUAAAGGCAACUCCCAUCGUACAUGCGGAUUCAGUUCCAAGGGUUAUGCAUAUAAAGCAAAAAUUGCUUAUACGGUAGGUAAAAUUGCUUGCAAAGCCAUUAUUACUCACAUUAUAGGUAGGGCAUGUGCUUAGUCCCCCUCUAUGGGAGGAAGAAAUAGCUGCCCUGCAGCUAGGCAGCCCACCUUCUAUAAGACUGCCUGUAAGGGGCAGGAUCAGAGGUGGGAGGAAACUGGAAGACCCAAGCAGACCCAGUGCAAAGAGAGCUUUGUAAGUUCGUGGCCUUCCAGGCAAGUCCUACUUGGCACACCCUGUGUUUAGCUAGUGGUUCAGUGGUUCUGGGAGUGGUGAGGAUGCUCUUAUGGGAACUCAAAUUGUUCUGAGUGUUCUUGUGAGAGCAUCCCCACCACUCACAGAGUCCCCAUUCUGCCAGCCCAAAGAACCCUGUUUCCAGGGUGUACAGAGUGGUACUUGCCCAGGCAGGUUCAGGUUUGUGGAGCAACAGAAGAGAGGAGGAAGGAGACAAGCAGAGAGAGAGAAAGCCAAGCACAUAUAGUCAUGUGUAAUGUGCAUAAGAUGCAGGUUUAUUGCAGUCCCUUCUAGAAGUUACAGAAGUACAGUCAUACCUCGGGUUACAGACACUUCAGGUUGUGUGUUUUCAGGUUGCGCACCGCGCCGAACCUGGAAGUACCAGAAUGGGUUACUUCUGGGUUUCGGCGCAUGCACAGAAGCGCUAAAUCGUGCUUUGCGCAUGCGUGGAAGCACCAAAUCACGACCUGCAUGUGUGCAGACGCGGCACUGCGGGUUGCAAAUGUGCCUCCCGCACAGAUCAUGUUCACAACCCAAGUGUCCACUGUAUGUACAAGAGUAGCACAAUCCUGUGUUGUCAAAAGGGGCUGGAGCGGACAAAAGCCACUCCUGGUCACUGUCUAUGCUUGUUCAGGAACAAAAAAGAGCACCACCAAGUGUCAAACAUGUUCAGAUGCAGUGAUUACCACCUCAUCUAUCACAAGCACAAUUGAUCCCUCCAAACAUUGGAAUUACCUACCAAGAGCAGCUCUCUCUUUCUGCUGGAUGAGCAGAUACCCUGAAACUGACCUUUGGGAUUUACAUGCUUCUAUUCAAUCUCUGUCCUUAAAUUACAGUGUUUUGUUGCUCUGAAUGUAUACAGACAAGACCUGCAUGUGCACUACUCCCCCAGCCCUGUCCUUUUGAAACUGUGGGAAGGAUACCGCAUGGGAAGGAAUCUCCUUUCUCCCCCUCCCCCCCAUCAUUUUAUAUCACCAAAGGUUUGUAAGCAUGUCCUGUGACCUGCUUCAAAGUAGUCUGAAGUUAGGCAAGAGAGUUCUUACUGCUUCUGGUCCAUAUUUUACUCCUCACCUACCCAGAGCCUUUGCCUUUGCCAUUGGGUUUCACAAAAUCUAAAACCACUUGUAAAUUUACUGUUUACAAAUCUGCCUGUUUUUAUUUUCCAAAGGGCUUAUGGCUUAAGCUCUGUAGCUCCUUGAACAGUUACCUAUGUCCACAAUAGUAUAGCUUUAGGAAUUUUGUAUCCCAAAAACAUUUUUUUAUCAGCACAAGCACAUAAACUACUUUAGCAACUUAUUCUUGAAAAUGGUUAGCAAUUGUAUGACAACAGUUUUUACUUGAAGAAAUCAUUUCAGCUUAUGGAGCUAAUGCAGGCAGCCUAAUGGAAAACCCAAUUCCAUCUGUACUUAGAGCAGUGCUGCUGGUGCAUUGACCUAAUUGUAAAGCUCAUUAUCUGAGUCAGAUAAAAUUAUUAGCUGAGAACAAUAACUAAAUCAUAACUCUUCUGAUUGAUGCUUAUUUAACUUUGAGAAUCUUUUAGUCACGGGUUAUAUGUUAUCACUUUUUAAAGGUUGCUGCUGUGAGCCGAAAUGUAAAACUUUUCCAGUUAUUUCUUAAGUGCAUUUGUGACUGUUAUUAUUAUUUAUUGAAUUUAUAUCACUCUCCUACUCAUUUAAUCCCCACAACAACCCUGUGAGGUAGGUUAGGUCAAGAGGCAGUGAUUAGCCCAAAGUCAUUCAUUGGCCAAGUGGGAUUUGAACACUGCUCUCCCAGAUCCUAGUCCAGCUCCCUGAGCACUACACCUCACUGUUUCUUUAAAACUCAUAAGAAUAAAAUGAAUACUUCCAAGAAAAUCUUGGGUAAGGUAUUAAUAGAUGUUCUGUCCACUGGCAGAAUAUUGUAAUUGGUUUAGAAUGAAGGUUCCCCCAUGUGGUGUCCAGGGACAACAUGGCACACUCAAAAUGCCCCCCUGUAUCUGCUGAGGGUGCCCUACCCCCCCAUUUUUAAAACUGAGAUUUUAAAGCUUUCUGUUGUUGCUGAUGUUUAGGUGGGCGGACUGCCUGCUCCUUUUUGUGGGGUGAGGGUUGUUGCCUGCUUUUUGAGAGGGGUUUAUUUGUUUUUGCCCAGGAGGUAUUUUGCUAUUUUGAAGAAGGGAAUCUGAGCAUCACCAGUUUUCUUCUAAGAAAUGAGUAUUUCACAGUACCUCCAACAGUUUACUAGAUUUCCUGAUGUGCUUCUAUGCUGCAAAGAUUUGGCUUACAAUAUGUAGGAAGAAUUGGUUCUGCUGCUAGAGGCAGGUAGACAGAGUCUGUUCUGUUUUUAGAGCUGCUAACCACAUAUCACAUUCACCUCAGUCAUUUCUGUGGGUUUCUUAAAUUAUGCAGAUGAAUUCCUGAAUAGAACUUUGUAGAUUAGACAUGCUUAAGCUCUGUCUUUGGCAGGUCUGGAUAUUCUUUUUCUAGUUACAGUAUCUGGUAGACAAACUCCCCACCCCGUGAAGUUUGCCAUGAAAUAAUUUCAUCUAGGAAUGCAUUCCUAACAGGGCUAUGUGAACUUCCUUUCUGGAUGUGUGCCAGAUUUGUGUAUAUCUAUGUACUUUAUUUGACUCUUGGUCCCACUUCUUACACACAUUUGGCCAGUGUCCCAGAAAGAAGCACGAAUGAGCACAUGGACGGAUUCAGAUAAAGAACAGCUUUAUAAUGCUUUGGUUUAUUCUUCUGCAGUAGAAAUUCUGUGUUCCUGUGGGACCAACUUGGUUGUGUUUCUGUGGGAAAAGCCUGAGUCUUGGAGCAGUUUCACACACUAGCUUCUAUAAUGGAAUAGCUUUUAGUAACAACAAUAAGGAAGGCUAUCCUAGAUUCUCUACAUUCCUUAGAUCACUGAUGGGAAUCUGUGGCCCUCCAGAUGUUGUUGGACUACAACUACCAUUAUCUCUGACCAUCUGAGGGUGAUAGGAGUUUUGAGUAGAACUACUUGAAGGGUUGCAUGUUCCCAACCCCUGUACUUCAGACAGAUAAUAUAUCUGCUUUGAUUAAGAGCACCGUUUAAGCUACGUUACUCCCAUGCUUGAAGAACCAAAAUGUUCAUGAAAUGUGUGUGAAAGUUGUGUGUGUUGCCCCUCAAACAUUCUGUUUUGUUUUAGUCUCCAGACAUUUGCACAAUGAAUUACCGGUAGAUUAGUUUAAAAUUUACUGGGCCUCUGCUUUCUAACCAGGUUUAUUGGUUUGUUCUCUGUUGCAGAUACUUCCCCCCUCCCAAGUCACACUGACCUUGUUGCACGUCCAGCUCAGGAAGUGACAGUCUGGUUAUUUAUGCCUGUUUUGCUUGGCCAGGAUAUCCAUAGUGAGCUAAAUGACUUGGGAGCUCAGGAACUCUCUGCCUGACCUUCCUAUAGCAUCAAAUUGUGGCUGAAGGCAUAAACAUGGGAUGCAGAGUGACAAAGUUCAGUUGGAGGGGGCCAGUUGAGCCGUCUUGAGAGUACACUUGCUUAUUUUAUUAAACAACAUUUAUAUACCAUGUGAUUGUAAGAAAACCUCUAAUCAAUUUACAUCAGGGCAUGUUGUCUGUAAGCCCAUAGGGCAACAUAAGUUCCCUCUGAUGUAGUGGGUAUUGAAUAGUGCCAACACAUUAUUGGAUCCCCUUUCCUUGUGUAAUCAUUCACAACCAGGUGGUUACAUGGCUUAGCUGGCAUAAAACCUAGAUGUAACCUUCAUGUAACAAGUAUAUUACCUUGUAUUUAGCUGUUACUUGAAUUUUAUGUCCUGGUUUCCCAAAUCAGCUUGGAAACCUGGAAGACCUGCCCGCUGCCUUGCUAGCCUCUUUCUAUUUGGCCUUGGAGUCAGGACCCUGACUGACUUCAGCUAAAAAAGCUGAGGCUGCUGAGCAAACUCUUGAGCUGGGGUAUUUGGGGGGAAGUUUUGUUGGGAGUUUUGCUGCUGUUAUUGAUAUUAAUUUUUUAUAUCUUUAUUUUUAUGUUCAGUUUGGUUAUACAGAUUUUGAUGUGUUUCAUUUAUUUUUAAUGACUACUUUGUUAUGUUUCUAAUUAUGUAAAUCUUUUCAUAUUGUAAGCUGCCUUGAGCAUUGUUUUAACUAUGGAAAGGCGGUAUACAAAUAAACUGAUGAUGAUGAAUUCAAACCUAUUUUGCUCAUAUGUUUAAAGGUGGUAAUUUGAGGGUCCGUUUGUAAUGAGUGCAUACUCACUUACAUUGCUUGCCAGUGGGUUUUCUCAAAUUCCUUUCUCACUUCUUCUGUCUAGGUGACCUUCACAAAACGGAAGUUUGGAUUAAUGAAGAAAGCCUAUGAACUGAGUGUGCUUUGUGACUGUGAAAUAGCACUCAUCAUUUUUAACAGUUCUAACAAACUCUUUCAAUAUGCCAGCACGGAUAUGGACAAAGUUCUACUCAAGUAUACAGAAUACAACGAACCCCAUGAGAGCAGAACCAACUCUGAUAUUGUCGAGGUAACAAAACUGUAACCAUGAAUGAAUCCUCAAACCUCAUUUAGUUUUAGUAAAGCCAACCAUACCCUUCUGUACAGUAACAAAGUAAUUAAUUUCAAUCAACAGUAUUUUAAAUGAUACAUUACUUUAUCCAAAGCUCUCCAAGAUGGGUAACAAACAUGAAUAAAUGGAGGCUGCUCCUGAAGGAAUCUGUCUCAUAAGGGAUUGCAUGGAUUUAACUGAAACACACCAAAACUAGGAAGCACCCAAUGAUGACAAACAGAAAGGAGAAAUAUAUUGCAAAGAUGCUAAAUGAUCACAAACCCUUCUGUUACAGAAGAGCUUGUAUGGCACGAAUUCACUAAGGAAUAAGAAAGCAAGCUCUUGAUAAAAGCAUUCUUGCUGAAAUACACUGAGCAUAUUGAACAAUAACAUAUUCUAUCUUCUUGGCGUCUUUGAGAUAUACCAUAUAUACUCGAGUAUAAGCCAACUUUUUCAGCACAUUUUUUAUGCUGAAAAAGCCCCCCCUCGGCUUAUACUCGAGUGAGGCAGGCAGCGGUAGUGGAGGGACGAGCGGCCCGAAAGGAGCCCUUUCUCGCCGCUGGUCCCCCUGCUGCUGCCUGCCUGACGCAAGGGCAGGCACAGGAGCUGCAGUUGGGAGAGGCGCUGCACUGUGCCUCUCCCAACUGCGACUCCUAUGCCUGCUCUUGCGAGCGGCAGAGGCGGCGGCGGAGGAAUGAGCAGCCCGAAUGCAGCCCUUUUGGGCUGCUCCUUCCUCCUCCUCUGCCUUUGCCGCUGUCAGCGAUGGCGGCGGAGGAACAAGCAGCCCGAAAGCAGCCCUUUUGGGGUGCUUGUUCUUCCUCCACUGCUGCCGCCACCACCAGGUUUGUGGUGUGGUGAACCGGCUUAUACUCGAGUCAAUAAGUUUUCCCAGUUUUUUGUGCUAAAAUUAGGUGCCUCAGCUUAUAUUUGCGUUGGCUUAUACUCGAGUAUAUACGGUACUUCCUCUUUUUGUUUGUCAAUGUAUCAGCAUUCUUUCCACUUUAAAGCUGAAUAUCUGGGGCUCUUUACUGUUUUUUGCAGGUUGUGUUAGCACUCUUUAUUAUAUAUUUAAUGAUAAAGAUAAUGAAGAAAACAAAGUAGUUUAUAUAAAGUGUGUACCUCUAGAGAAUGAAUCUGAUUCUUCCUUUCAGAAAACAGGAACUCUGCAAAAUCUUGAGUAUGUUCUUUGUACAAAUAUGAUAUGAGAUUAGCAAUAGCUAUGUUAGACUAAUUUAGUGUCUGCAUUGCAGAAUAAUAUAUAUGUGUUUAAAUUAGAUUUUUUAAAAUCGGUUUUUACAGUAUGGUUUUUCCAUCCACUCUUCUUUACCCAAUCAAAUCUAAGCACAGCCUUUAAUAUGACUCUCUUGCAACCAGGCAAUUCCACUAGUUGUCUUUUGCGGAGGAACCAUACUCUCAUUUCUGCUGAACUACAUUUCAUUCCAGGUUUACUCCCAUAGUUGUACACUUUUAUUUUUUGAAGCUUGUGUUUUGUUCUGACUAGUAUGUGCAUUGUUACUGAAGGAAGCAUGUAGUAGUCUGGGAUUUUCAUAGUUCUCUGGUCACGCAUGACCUGACUUAUAGCAUUGUUUUGGGCUGACUUUAUAUUAAGGUCCAGUUGAUUAUGCUGAGUGUUGUCAGACAACUGGAAACUUGCUUAUGUUAGCUCCCAGCCCCAAGGGGCAGGUUCUUGUGCCCAAUCUUGUGCUACAUCUCUCUGAAAUGCAUCUCUGCUCUUUCCCCCCGAGCUCUAAGCUUGGAGCUGAGGAGAGGAAUUCUGCUCCUAGCUUGAAGCUGGAGAUAGGUGUGUUGACUUCCUUUUGAUUCUUCACCUGAUUGGUGCUCAGAGUGCCCUGUUUGGCAGAUUCUGUCUCCCAGUAGCAGCUCUGAGCUAGAGAUAAAGGAUGGGGACUUGUUAUUGUUCUGCACUUGUACCUGGCAAACACAGAGCCAAAAAAAAUAACCCCAAACUUCAGUUGAACUUCGGAGCUAGGGAGGGGGCAUGAAUCAUUCCUUCUCUGAUGUUCCACGGUUUGGAUGAAGCUUUGGGCUCAUCUCAGUUGACAGAGCCUCGUUCUCCCCUUGCUGUAGUGUGGGUUGUGUGUUAGAUUGUCCAACCCUGAAUGUUGUUUAAAAAAAUCCCAGUCACAAUUCCAAGAGCCAGAGACUUUUUAGUUUCCUGCUUUUAGUAUCCACACAGAUAAGUUGUCAUCAUGGGGCAAGCUAAAUUAUAUGCCAUAACACUGGGAUGGGAAACCUCUAGCCCUCCAGGUGGUGUUCGACUACAAUUCCUAUCAUCCUGGACCAUUGGUCAUGCUGGCUAGGGCUUAUGGGGGUUGAAGUCCAAUAACAUCUGAAGGGCAACAGAUUUCCACCCAUGCUUUAGUAAGUAAAUCCAGUUCUUUUGUUGACUCUAAAAUUGGUUACCUUUCAUAAUUACUAAUCACGUUUACAAAUAAAUCUUUGUUCUCAAGUUCAGUGUACUACUUGUGCAACAGGAAUAUACUGACUUUCCAGACCAUGAAAAUUAUUGUAUAAAGCUGGGUGGUGUCUCUUCUUAGGCAAGCAGCAAAUGGUUUCUGAGGUGAAGAUGGGUGGGACACAUAAUCUUAGUCAACAUUCUGAAUUGCUCAUUUGUAGGUAUUCUUCCUUUAUUGAGUUGGCAAAUACUGUAUAGAUACUUGUGGAUAUGCAGAGAUGGACAACAGUUCUUGCUGUGCACUAGAGCCUUCUGUACAUGGAAGUAUCUUGCCUAUGUGUCAGCCAAGAAAAUUUAGCUGUUACAUUCAGGUAACACAUGGGUGAUUACAGACUGCGAUCUGUUUUAACUGUUUUUAAAAUUUGUAAAUUGUUGUAACCUGCCCUGCAACCUAAUGCUCAGAAAUCUAAAUAAUGAUGGUGGUGAUUAAUCUGUCCAGUGAGAAUCUCUCCUCCCAUAUGAAAUAUCUAGAAUAUUACCCAAUGAACUUAUAUUUAUAAGUAUCACAAUAGCUUCUUUGACUUCUGGAUAUAUUCCCUUUUAUACCCUGUGUGUCUGACUAUCCUUCCCCUCUUUUCACAGUAAAAUCUAGACUAGAAGGUUUAGGGUUGGAGUAAAUGCAUUUACUGUGGGUAAAUAUGUUUAUUCUUUGUGUUGAUUCUUUGUAAAAAUCAAGGUUACUUUCCUAGUGCAAUGGUAGCAUUGAAGUGGAAAAGGGUGGGGGGAAAUGAGGCCAGCUGAUGGAUUCCCCCCCCCCUUUGCUUGGGCAUGGAACCUCUUUAUGCUUGCAGCAUGCCUUGUGUGGCUGUUCCAGCAAAUUAUAGUGAGUGGAUGAAAAUGGAACUAAAUUGCAACACUUCAUUGACCUUCAGCAGACCUUAUUUUAUGUAAUUGUAUAGUUAUAUUUCACAGUUCAUGGCAUUGUGCCAGCAUCAGGAGCAAACUUGGGUCUGGCACUGGGAUAGCCUUCAGUGCUUGUGGCAUGGUGCAACUCAUGCAAUGCCAUGUGUAAUGCAAGGGUUUUUGCAGCAGUGGCAACACUGGAUGAGGCAACAAAGAGGUCAGUUUCUGGGUAGUCCUGCUACUUUCCAUCCUAUAGGUCUGAAGAUUCAAGAGAUCAAGAAAAUGACGUCAUAUGAUAAAGUGCUGGGUAAGGGGGUUUCUCUGAAUGCAGGUAGAGCUGGAUGGCUCUGCUUUGCUUACCAGGCUCACAGUGGUUCUUGAGCAACCAAGAGAGCAAGUACUGUUUUGUGACUUAACUUAAAUCAGAUUGUAAGAGAAGGGUGUGAACUACACUGCUGCUUGCAGUAUUUGAGAUGUAUUAAGCAAUAGCUAGUAUAAAUAUCCAAAUAAAAAUAAAUACAAACUUUCAGAAGUUUCUAACAAAGUCCUGUAACUUUAAAGUUUAGCACUGCUAGAAUUUUAUUUAUCCCACUACUGUCCUUGGUAUGCUUCAUUUUUCAUCUUGGGAGACCUCCAACAAAGCUUACAAAAAUGUAAUAAAACACCAAAAAUGAAACAAGCAGUAUAACUAUGAAAUCACAUGAAAAGCACAAGAGCAGCAUCACAAACAGAAAUAAAAAUAUUCAGUGGCACACAUACUUAUUCAGCAUUCAGAAACCUUCCUUGGAUGACUAGAUUCCCCCCCCCUCACUAAAAUGCAAGUAUACUUCCUUGGGAGGAUGUUGUACAGUCCUGGCACCACAACUGAAAAUGUCCUGUCCCUUGUGCCCACCCCACUCAUUUCUGAGUCCAGAUACAUGGAGCAAGACCUUGGAAGCAAUGACAGGAAGUAGAAUUUUCCAAAACUGAAAAAAUUCCAGUGGAAAUUUUCCAUUCCAGAAGUUGGUUAGUAACCACAAAUGAAGGCCAAUGACAAAUAUUAGCCAAGAUGGUUUCAAAAUGUUCAGUUUUGUUUGCUAAAUACAAGCAAAAUAAUCGUGUUAAAUUAGAUGACUCUCUAAGCAUCAGAACAUUUUCUAAUGAGAUUUACCUGCAUAGGAAAAUUUUUCACUUAAUUAUUUUCCAGAAAAGACACAUCAGUCCUGAGAUGUUGAUGAAAAUGUAGGAAUAGGUAGAUGUAUCCUGAAGCAAUUCUUCAAAUAUCCCUGCACCAAACUGCUUAGGACAAGAUGAGAACUGUAGUCCUACUACAUCUGGAGGGCCAUAGGUUGCCCACCCCUGGUUUAGAGCUUUAAAGGUUAACACGAGCACCUUGAAUUACAUCUGGAUACAAAUCUUUCCUGGUGAAUCUGGCAUAAAAAUCUGACAUACGCUGAGAAAAUUCUAUUUGUAAGUCUUGCUGCCUCAUUUUGGACCAGUUGAAAUUUUGGACUACUUCUCAAAGGUGACCUUAGGGAGAAGUGUUACACUAGUUGAACCUUCUAUGAAUGAUCUUGACGAGGUCUGCUUUUUCAAGUGUAGAAUCCAUUAAUGGUAUCUAAACUCAAGUGCCACUUUUAGUUGCAGUGCAUUUUAGAGCAUCUAAAUAUCUUUGGAAGUUAACUAUCUGGGUUGAUUGUGUGAUGCAUUACAAAAAGCAAGCCACCAAAACUAUGUUUACAGUUUAAUUUUAUUCUUUGAGGAUAGCGAUAUAGCUUUGAAGCUCUGAAAUUGCAUGUCAUUGUCUGCUAGCUCUGUCCUCUUCUAUUAAGAGAGCACUUAUUCAGUACAGCCCCCUCAUUAAUUUAAAGUGACAUAGUUCAGGCAGUUGUCUAAAACGUGACCUACCUUCUUUUUCGUCCUGUGUGACACUAAACAGCAUCUCUGCUAGUCACACAUACAGGAAGAAGAACAUUUUAAUAUCUCUUUUAAGUUGAAGUACAAUUUUAAAAUGUUGAAAUCGCAAACAGAAGCAUGGCUUUAGUGCAGGGGUAGGAGGCCAUGAGUUAGGUUUCCAGAGAAUUUCAACAUGGAUGUUGAUUCACUUGCUGCCUUAGCUUUUUACUGUGCUAUUCUUGCUUAACCUACUGUGCUUUAUCACUGGGCAGGAACAGGUGCAGAUGAAAUGAGACUCAUUUCAGCAAUAUAUUUUUGUAUUUUUCAAGGUUUGAAUGUAAUUUCCAUGCUCUCCUAUUCGCUAGGGUGAAACAGCUCUGUGAAAUGUGCAAUAGUGGCAACAGAAACAGUUACUGAAACAGUUCACAGUUUUGGUUAAAGCUGCUGCUUUUUUUGAAGAGCAGCUUAGCAUUUAGGCCCUGAUCACUCAGUGACUCUUACUGACUCUGGUAAAUGGAAUCUCUCACUUGCCACAAGUGGCAAUUGGAGUUUCCAACUGGCUAAAAGUGACCACUGCUAGAGAGUUAAAUUUUCUGCUUUGGAAGCAAGGGGCUGCAUCCCUUCAGCAUACUUGGCCUGUGCUGAGUUGGGCUGAGUAGCUGUUUUUAAAAUAUGGUCAGUCUUGAAUUACUGUGCACUUCGGAUAGCACAGAUGGUCAGUGCAUGUACCUCAUGCAGCCCACAGAAUCUCUGAGAACUCUGCCCUUUCAGUCCUAUGCCAGAGGCAGAAGCUGUAAAGAACAUGCAAAAGGUGUCCCAGGCCACCAGAGUGCUUUUGAAAACAUGGAUGUACUCAGAGCCAUGGUUUCAAAAGUAGCCUUGCCUGCAUGGGAAGUGUCAGCCCCCACCAUGCCCCGGACAGGGAGAACUGAACUAUAGAGCAGAAGUAGUGAACCUCAGAGCCACAGACCCAAUACUGCCCUCCAGGCACCUCUAUUGGGACCUUUGAUUUCUCCCCAGCCCACACCCCUCACCUGCUUUGCCUGACUGGAGUAUGUCCUUGAACUCUGAUAAUGCCUCUUACUUGUCUGAGUGGAAGAGAGAGGGGGGUGUAUUUUAAAAUUUGCAUUUGUUGUUCUGCCCAUUGUCUCUAACCACCAUUGUCAUGUGAUCCCUAAAAAGUUUCCCAGAAGGAAAUGUGGCCCUUGAGCUAGAAAGGAUUUCCUACUCUUGUUUUAGAGGCAGAUCUAUUAUGCAGUCUAUUAAUAAUUCUUUGCCUUUCUAUGAAGAUGCUGAAGGAUAUUGUCCUAAUAAAGACUCAAAAACAUAUAGCAGUAUUAUUGUGAAAUGCACACACACGAACCAGCACAGUUCUGCCAGAUGCAAGCUUGAAUAAAUGUCUUCAUACACAAAAUGUGUAGUACAUUCAUAGUCUGAUUUAGUUUUAGAACAGGAAGAGGUUUUCAUUUAAAGAUUGAUAGUUCAGUAUGUUUGCUUUGAAGGCUGCGUAAAAUAAGAACCUUACAGGGUCUUCUGGCCUGUUCCAGGCCCAGAAAUAGUUGAUGAGCAGCCAAACACCUGCAUCUAUUUCUAUAAUAACCGAUCUUAAAGCAAAGCAGACACCUGGAUUUUCAGACAGACGUUUACUUCAUGAUGCUGAUAGAAGGGUGAAAUUAAAUGAGUGAACUUAUGUCAAUGUUUGUGUGCCAUUUUUUGCUACGUUGUUCUGUCCUUCCUUGGAGAGCGCUCUUAUUUUCAAGUGAAAAGAUACACGGAUGAAUUUGCUUGUUGUGCCUGUGUUAAAAUAUUUUAACUAGGCUUAGGGCUAGUUCCCUCAGGACCAUGGCACACAGGGAGGGGUAGUUUAACCCUUCCUUCCACAGCCACAAUCUCUUUGGCAGCACCCAUCCCCAGAGAACACACAGUAUUUCAAUUAGCAAUAGGAAAAAAAGCUCCCAUUGGAUCAUAGUGUUGUGGUCCUGAUGAAAAUUGGGAGGGGGCUUAUCCUCACUUAGAAUUACAUUUUUAAAAUUUCUAGAUUUUAGCAAGAUCAUUGUGAUUGAUGUAGAUAGGUCCUCAAAGAACUACAGUAGAUUGCGACAGGCCUCAUUCAAAGCCCAAAGGCAAAUUUGCUUCUGUUGGACCCCAUCAGCUAAGAAAAUUUGAUGGAUCUUUGGGAAUCCAGUGAGUUGGCCUGUGCAGUGCAAGUGUAAUAUCUGAUAAGUCCUUGGUUUGUCAUGUAUUAAAAUUGGUGUGUUUUGUCUUUGACACAUGCCUUUUGCUUACUUUCUUUUUUGGAAGGGGGAAUUAUCCGGCUGACAGUUACAAAAUGUCCCCGUCCCCCCGGUAGCAAAAUGAAUUAUUUUAAUGCCAUGCUCCUUUGGUGAUUUUUGAAAAGGUUGAUAAUAUGGAAAAACUUAUUGGCCAAUCACUUAAUUGUCAAAAAAACCUGUUGCUAAAAUAGUAAUAAUUCAGGAUGAUGAAUAUCCAGAAUUUUGUUCUAUAGUUGCAUGUUGGGACACAUUCUGGUUUACCUGCCUCCAGAAAAAUGAAACUUAUGGGCUUUCCCCCUUGACCUAAAAAGAAACUAGUUCUGCACAAUUAGAAGCAUUCUAACUUUGACAUUGUAACAAACUGUUGAAUUUUCUAUGGCCUGCCUCUAAAGUUUAUCUUUAUGUGUGCCCAGAGGCUUUGUGGAUAUGAACUGUGGCCAUCUAGGCAGAACUGCAAAUUGCUUUGGAAACUCCCCUAGAUUUCUUCAUUCCAAAAAAACACACAAGCUGUUCAGUGAUGGAAAAAGGAGAAGGCCACUUGUAUGAAUCUGCUAGAAAUGUUGAAUAAUAUUUGUCAAGGGCAAGCUGAGCAUGGGACUGUUGUGAUUUACUCAGUGGCGGAGGAAGGGGAGUGCAGUGCAGGCAGUCCACCCCGGGUGUCUUUGCUGAGGGGGGUGACAUUUGGCCCACCGCCUACCCACGACUCAUAAGCCUGCCCCUAGUCUAUUAUUAUUAUUUAUACCCCGCCCAUCUGGUUGGGUUUUCCCAGCCACUCUGGGCGGCUCCCAACAGAAUAUUAAAAAUACAAUAAAUACAAGUGGUAGACAUUCGUGACCACUUCUGUGACUUGUGCUUCUCUGGAAAGCAACCCGUUGACUCAACUGUUUAUUGCUUAUGUGUGCAAUUAAAGCAGAAGUAUUUGUAGAUUAACCCUCCCCCACUUAGAUCAUCCAAAGUGAACCUUGAAGGAGAAAUUUUGAAUACAAAACAUUUUUCAUAAUGAUUAUUUUAACCAUAUAAAUGCAAAUUAAUAUUUGUAAUUUAAUAUAAAUGUAAUUGAUCAUUCUAUCCUGCCUGGUGUCACAAUAAACCUAUUCCUAGCCACAUCGAUUGCAGUGAGUCUUGUUUUCUUCAGCAGUGUGUUAAUAAGUGUAUUUAGGAUUUCAGUCUUAGAAGUAUUUUAUGUUGUUUGCAACAGCAUUGUUAUAUACAGGGGUACCUCUAGUUGUGGACACGAUCCGUUCCAGGGUGCUGUUCGCACCCCAAAAAGUCUGCAACUAGAGCAGCACUUCUGCGCAAGCGCGGAGCACAAUAGAGCGCUUAGAAGUAUGACUGUAUAUAAAUAAGGUCUGAGAGCAUGUUUAUUUGUAAAUAUUAGAAAUUUAUUAACAUUAAAUGUAAAUAAUAUUUCAUGCUAUAUGGGAGUUAUAUUUUCCUAUGCGUGUUUAUGAAUGCUAAUUUUUAUUGGAAUUGUGUAGCAUACUGAAUAUGCUAUACUAUAAUAACAGAAGAUGGCUCUUUUCUGCAAAUUGUAAAUAGAAUUGUGAAUGCAAGCCUUUACAUGUUCUUUAAUUUGAUUAAACUUUAGGUAGAGUUCCAUUGCACCUGGAAAUUAAUACCUGCAUUUAAAAAUUAAUCCUCCAGUCGCAUAAAUCUUGAGUACCUACAAAGUCAAACUGAAUAUACUGUUCAAUCAAGGUUAGAUUAAACUGAAACUGAUUCCAGCUGGCAUUGUACCAUGCUGUUUUAGUAAAUCCAGCCAAAUUGUUGCUUGACAUUAGGGAUUACAGAAUAAUAUAACAGGCUGGGUAUUGUGUGUGAGGUUUUUUAUUAUUAUUUUAAAAUAUGCUUGUAUUUGUAUUAGGCAUCAUGGUGAAUUUUAUGCAGGUGUUAGGAGGAUGUAGAAAUCCUUUGGAAUAGUGCCAAAAUGUUUAAGCAUAAAAUAGAAUCAUCACUUGUGUUUGCUUUUACGUAUGAGUGGAAUGAGGAUUGAAGUGUAAGUCACAGAUAAAAGUAUUUUUUUUUGUACUCCUAUGAUGUAAACGUGUGUAAUCAGCUUGUCACCAGGUGAGCUGCAUGGCUGAACAGGCAUUUUGUCCCAUGUCUUGGAUGUCCAUAUUCAGUAUAUAGUGCCAUACUAGUUAUAUAAUAUUUGGAAUUGUCCUUCGUGUCCUCAGUUCAGUACCACAAAUCAGAUAUUUGCAUGUACAUAAAUGUCUACAGCUUUUUGAAGAGUGAGAAAGCCCUUUUUCUCCUCUUGACCACUAGUUUGUAGCAUUAAGGCACAGUAGCUCAACAUCAAAAAAACUAAGAACAUGGCCACUGGUCCCAUCACCUCCUGGCAAAUAAAAGGGGAAGAAAUGGAGGCAGUGAGAGAUUUUACUUUCUUGGGCUCCGUGAUCACUACAGAUGGCGACAGCAGUGACAAAAUUAAAAGACACCUGCUUCUUGGGAGAAAAGCAAUGACAAACCUAGACAGCAUCUUAAAAAGCAGAGACAUCACCUUGCCAACAAAGGUCCGUAUAGUUAAAGCUAUGGUUUUCCCAGUAGUGAGGUAUGGAAGUCAGAGCUGGACCAUAAAGGCUGAUCGCCGAAGAAUGGGUGCUUUUGAAUUAUUUUGCUGGAGGAGACUCUUGAGAGUCCCAUGGACUGCAAAAAGAUCAAACCUAUCCAUUCUUAAGGUAAUCAGCCCUGAGUGCUCACUGGAAGGACAGAUCCUGAAGCUGAGGCUCCAAUACUUUGGCCACCUCAUGAGAAAAGAAGACUCCCUGGAAAAGACCCUGAUGCUGGGAAAGAUAGAGGGCACAAGGAGAAGGGGAAGACAGAGGACGAGAUGGCUGGACAGUGUUCUUGAAGCUCCUAACAUGAGUUUGACCAAACUGCGGGAGGCAGUGGAAGACAGGAGUGCCUGACGUGCUCUGGUCCAUGGGGUCACGAAGAAUCGGACAUGACUAAAUGACUAAACAACAAUAAAAAACUUCAAUUCAUUUCCUAUAUUGCUACCAUAGAGUGAGGAACUCCUAGCUUUUUAAUUCUGAGCUGGAUAAAUUGUCAAAGUUUUUUGUGUUUUUUUUUAAAUCUUUUAAAUUCAGUCCUGUAGCAGGGGCCCUCAGAUUGUCCUAUGGAACACCUCUUUUCUAAAGUGUGAUGAGCGUAGCAGCAAAUUUGCCGGCUCCUACUGACUAUCUUCUCUCCCUAAACUGUUCAGGCAAACCCCAUGAGCAAUCCGUCAAAAUUUUACUAGACAGGCCAAAACAAGUACAGAGACCAGGCUUAAAUCUAUCCCUUGGAUUCUGAACUGGCAGCUACUGAGUCACCCUUCCCACUAAACUCAGCAUGGUUAACCUUGACCAACCCUUUGGUGGCCACAUGCUACGGUGGCUGUGGCCAUGGACACACCACAGACAGAGGCACAUUGCCCUGACCUGUGCAGGUCAGCUGGCGAGGGGGAUAAUUGCCCUCUCCCCACUUAAAUGAUAAAUCUGGUAACAGAAGAGGGGGCAAUUUGUGUAUCCAUCAAAUGACUGGGCUGGAUGGGAAGGUUUAUACUUAUCUGCCCUUCCCAGUGCUGUGUCUACUUUAAUUUUUCUUCCUAUUUUGCAACCAAAAUAGCAAUGUCUGAGUGGGUGGGAAAAUUCCCUAGAGGGCCUGAUGAAGCUCCCAGGCCAGCGACUAGCAACCUAGCUAAUUUUUUGGUGCUGGGUAUCUUGGCCCCCGAGAGUAGCAGUGGCUUCCAGUCCACAAAGCAGACAGAUUGUCUCUCAGAUGGUGAAGGUACAUGCCAUUUAACUGAAGAGCAUAGAUUUGAAAAAGCUAACUACAGGAUAUUGACUAUGAAGGCUCUACCAGACCCUGUUCUAGCAAUAUUUACUCUGGAUGGACACGCGGCACUAGCAAAAGUAAUGAAUUACUUUUAGCAAAUUCUGAAUAUUCACUGGAUUUGGUAGGGAAAGGAUUAUGUACUGGAGGGGGAAAGCAAGUAACAGUUGUUCUGAGUAGAUCCAUUUAGUUGAUCCACAUAGAAGAGAUUCUGAUUUCUCAGGUAGAACAUUCGCAAAUACAGCAUUUCUUGGGGCAUCAUUUCUUUCUUUUAAUCCGUCUAUCAGCAAAGGUCCCAGUUUAGUCUUACUGUGCUGGCAUUUGUAUGAUUUGUAGUAAUACUUCAUAUGCCAUUGCAUCAGACUGCCCAGGAUUCCAUAAUGGCAGGAUGAACUCUACAAGACAUCAUUUUUUGCUUCCAUCCAGAGCCACUCCAGCCAUCAUGUAUAUUUUGCCAACCAACUUGCAGUUUUCAGGGAUGAAUGGUUAGAUAUUGCCCCAGUUCUUUCAACUGCAUGGGUUGGAUUUCAUCUCAGGUAUGUAAUUUGACUUGAGCCUUCAGACUCCAGGGUAGCUCCAUCACUCCUAUUGCUAGAUGAGGAGUCAACUGUUUGGAAAAUGGAGCCAUAGAGUGGGUUUUGCAUUGUAAUGCUUACAAGGUUUUUAUUUUAGUUACUUUGAUUGUAGAUGACCCAUUUAGCAAACUCAGAGCUGUCAGACCAUUGUCCAUUUGUUUUGUAAAGAUGGUCAGUUUGCAGUCCUGGACAUCUAGAACUCAUAUUUUUGCAGGGCCAUCAGACCAAAAACGCUGGUCUUUUCUUAGACUUACAUAUGGAAUUGGACAUUUUCAGUUUAGAGUCCUCCAGUUUGGACUAUUCAUGACACCAGAGAUCUCUUAAGAGUAUGUGUCUACUCCCAGGCUUUGGAGCUCCUUACUGAGGAAGGUUUAUCACACCUUAUUUCUUGCAGGAGGACAAAAAACUUUUUUAUUUAAACAGACAUUUGGCCACUGAACUGACACGUUAGGGGUCUUUUUUUGCUACCUUCUCUGUUAAUCAAUAAUUUUUACUAUAAUUAUGCUCCUAACUGGUUACCAUCUUUUUAAUAUGCUGUCACCUAAUUAUUAUACACCUUUAUUGUUAUAUAGUAUAUUAUGCAUUAGAUUUUAUCGUUAGCUGAAUAGUAUGCAUGCCAAGACCUAUAUGCUGUAGGAGUGGGGCAGUAAUUUGAAGGCACUGGCAAUGGAUUGUUGUCAGAGUUCUAUAUAAGAGGGUCAUAUCAUUCAGAAUCUCCCGGACUUCAUGACACCCGCUACUUUUUGUCCAUUUAGCAUACCUUUACUUUCAUUUACUCCAGUUCUGGUCCCCCAGAUCUUGUCAGUACAGUGAAGGUUGACCAGUCCUAACUCCUGAUCAUUACUCCAUUCUGUUCCCACCCCCCACCCCUGCCUCCAACCAUGACAAGGUUAAUCUUCAUUGAAGUGUGACCUUUUACUAUCUGCAUCCUUCUGCGCUCUGAGCAUGGAUUCACCGUUAUGAAAAUAGGGCACUGAUUGUGAUGAUGAGGUGGCCAAAGGCAGCUGGUCUUUGUGGAAUUGCAGUUAGCUUACAUACAUAUAAUAAUAAGGUAAUGCUGUCGUCAUGCUGCAGUUUGCUUGGUUGUCAACAAAUGCUGCUGCAAGCUACAACAUGACAACAGCCUUCUGAGAGUGUUGGGCCAUCACAGCAGCAUUGGCGGGUGAGGGAGAAGGGAAGCAGAAGAGGGAGAUGGAUGUGGGUAGGUGCUUAGGUGAGCCAUGGAAAAACUGUCAAGAAGGGGUGGGGCAGCUACUCAGCAACCAUCCUGCUCUGCUGAUGACUGCCUCACACAGAUAACUUGGAGGCAGCUGGCUGGCUGAUCCCCGCAAGCUGCAGAGGAACAGUCAGUACAGGACAGGGAAACUCCCCAACAACCAUCCUGCUCUGCCACCACCUACUGCCUUCCUCCUCCUCACCCUCUACUGCUGUGACGGAAACAGUGUUGUUGAUAUGAGGCAGGCAAUAUGAGCAGGAGGAGGUCUAAGGGAAGGAGGGUGGGUUUGGUGAGGUCUAAGGAGAGAGUUGAUAAGGGGGUGGGUUGGUGGGGGUUAGUGAGUGACACGAUCAGGGGCUCAGCCACUAGUAGAAACAGAGUUCUCUUGGAUUGGAGAGCAUGAAACUAGGACCGUAAGCAUUCAGUCUUUGCCUUCAUGAUUCAUGUCCACACAGUUGCUACUGCUGAUAUAUAGAUAAGUGAGAUGGGGAUGGAACUUCACAGAAGAUAUGCUAGGGAACCUUUAAUCUCAGGUCCUAAUCUGUUUUGAGGUUAUGAUCAUAAUGUUAAUCCAGUAAUAAUCCACUUUGUUUGAAAGAAAAAAUAUGUGUUUGAAUUGAUGCAUCUACAGGGUGAUUCCUGCAGAGUCCCUUUAGGGACAUAAUGGAUGUAGAUUUCUUUGCCAUCUGAAAAAAUAAUAAAGUGUCAGGUUCUGGAAUCAAGGAGGAACCAGUCUCUCUGCCCCUGGUAAUUUUUACAAGGGCCUUAAAUUGAGCCAUGGCAGAUUAAGGGCCAUCCUUGUUGACGCAGCAUGGCAAUAUCUCCCCACUGAAGGCGGCGUUGCAUGGGUGAGUGGUAGUAUUCCAUGAUUUCCUGUCUUCCUUUCACAGAAUUGAAAGUAACCCCUUUUCAGUAUCUCCCAUACUUAUUUAUGAAAGCAUGUCAGAUGGGGAUGCCAUAACAUUCUCCUUUGAUGAAGUCCAAGAGAUGCACUGCUUUACUGGAAGAAAUUCUUCCAGUAAGUGUUGAUGUUGUCCCUUAGUAAAAUUUGCAGAUUUCAUUUUUGAUUUUUUCAUUUUUGAUUGCCAGUGGUGAACUCUUCUUUAAACCUACUUUAGGGCCAUAUCUGCACAUCAUGUUCUGCUGGAUGUUUUAAUAGGCAUUCUCCCAUGUUUUUGCGAAGCAGUUUCUCACAGGGUUACUUGACAAGUUUCUCCUGUUGUGGAGCCGUCUCUUGAGGGAGCCUGUUGCUCUUUCUUCACAGCUUAUGAUAAAACUUCUUGUGUCCUUAUAUGUAUAUUCUUUGGACAGUCUUUCUUCUUUAAGGUUGCAUUUCUAUUAGGGGGGUCAAAAACUGCAGGUGGCCAUGUUGGUGGUGGGGAAUUAUAAGUAGCAGCAGGCUAUUGAAAGAAGCAGGAAUGGAAAGUGUGGUAUAGCAGAGUUUCUUCACUUUAUCAAUAUUUGGAAAAGUCACAUUUGUCACAUUUGUCGGAUUGCACAGAGGCAAUAAAGAAGACAGCAAGAGUUGCUAUUAGUUGUUGUGAAUAUUCUUUGUUAUAAAUAUUCAAAGAAUCCACCUUCCUUCUCUACUAUAAAGGCUUUCACAGAGAGCAUGAACAUACAUUUUGAAAGAACUAAGCAGGUGAGGCUCCUUGAUUUAUUUACUUGACGCAGUGUAGGAAAGGAGCUGCGUUUCGGCUGCCAUGGUUGAGACCUCACUAGUAUGGCCACAGUGAGAGCAACUUGAAGAAUAAUGUUUACCUGUAACCUCUUGACUGUGCUCAGGUGCAGCUUUUUGUACAAACAGGAUUUACACCAGGGAGGGGGAACCUGUGGCCCUCACAGAUGUUACUGGAUUCCAGUUCCUAGCAGCCCCAAAAUCAGUGUCUGUACUGUUUCGAUCUAGUGCUUCUAUGAAUAUCAUAAUAGUAACCUGCUUCUUGACAGUGCCAUCCUGUAAAUGUUGUUUUCAAGAGAAUGGUGCAUACCUGACCUUGAACUGGUCUUUGGGGGACACUUGGAAACAAGAUUUCUCACUGCUUUCACAAUGUGAGUGCAUGAGUUCUUGCCAAUAUCAUACUGAGCUUCAGAAGCACCUUGACACCUACAGGAUCUUGCUUCUGCUUCCAAGUGCUUCUGAACACAGUGUUGUAUCAGCCAUGAGAUCUCUUCCCUGCCCCUGAAUUGUGAGAGAGGCUGAGUUCUGAAAACCACAGAUGUUACUGGCUGACAAAAUCUGUUGGUCCCUCAUUGUGGAGAAAGAAGAGUCUCCACAAAGAAGACUCUCUGACACAGCAGCUGACCUUGCAUUUUGUUUAGAAAAGCUUUUUUAAACAGUACAAAACUCAAAAUAUAUGAAGUACCAAAUAGAGGAUAUGAUGCAAAGUGAUGCAAAAGAUUUUGGAAUCUUUUAUUUUGCACCGCACAUAGGUGCAUUCCUAACAUUUGGGUCUUUCUCACUUUUUGAGCCAUGGUGGGUUAUCCCUGACAUAGUUGCCUGUUAGAAAACAGCCCACUGAUUCUGCCCAGUUAGAUUAGAGCAUUCCACUUGUGCCUCCCUUGACACAAAGAGUAACAGUUUACUCUUAUGGUACUUGAUAACGAUAAAGUAAGUGGUACUCUUAUCAGAGUUGGGCCCGCAAAGGGAUGUUUCUGUGUAUGCAAUUAGGAGACCAAAUGCCUUGGCUUUGACUUGUUUCAUCAGAAAUGGGAGACUAUAACUUUAAGUGGCCCAAGAGUGACAAGAACUUGGUUUAGAGUGAGGGUUUCCAGAAUCUGAAGUGGGAGAUUGUGAAACCUUUUCCUUCCUCCUGAGUUAAAGCAGGGUUAAUUCCAUUCUUAACACGAUAAAAAUAACAAUUACGAAGAGUGCCUAUGUUCUUUUGUUCUGAGUUUAAAAGGAUAUGCUUCAGAGUGUGGGAUGAAUUGAUUCUAGAUUUUUCCUUUAAUACACAGACUGAACACUCCAUAAUGCUUCUAGAUUAAAAUAUAAUACAUACAUCACACACAAAAUAAGAUUGCUGUGUUUCUUGGAAAUGGUCAGCAGCCUCUGGCUUGUACUUUUUUUUCUAAUUUAAGAUAGUGUUUUUUAAUCUACAUUUCUUUGUUUCUGGCUAUUCAAGUAUAAAGUGUUGAGACAUGUUGGGCAAAAUGUGUGUAUUCUGGUAUGAAUGCCACAAACUUUCUAAAUCUAUUUAUAGUAUUCAAUAAUUUGUAAAGGUUAACUGUAAUCCAGACUGUAGUGUUAGCAUUUUCCCUGCUGAUAUCAGUGUAGAAGACUGGCAGGCUUAGCCUUGUUGAAGGUUUGGGAGGGUUAGCAGCUUUCAAAGUGCUGGACAGCAGGGCCAUGUAUGGUUAAGUCCAUAUACAUAUCCACCUGAUUGGUUAGACUGUGCAGCUAAGUGUUGUGACAGGUGUUGCCGAAAGCUACACCUGUUUUCCUGAGAAUGCUGAUUUAGUGGGAGUUCCAGGCACUGUCUGUGGGACUUGCAACACCAUGCCAAGUAACCUGAGAAGGAAUGAUAUCUAACUGAUGGCUUGAGAGCUUUACACAAUUUUAUUGUGUUAUGUGAAAUGCUAAGUGUGCUUUGGAGCUGCUAGGAAAGAAAUUUAGCCAAAACUUCCUAUAUCUGUAUUUGCGUAAGGCCCUUGUCACAGCAGCACUCUUGUACACAUUUGCAGCCAGCUCUUACCCCUCUUUUACUGCACGAGGAAACAGCAUGUGUACAAGUCAGUGAGAGGGGAAUGAAGGAGCCACGGCAGCCUGAGAGGAGCCUGUCUGCCUGCAGCAGACCUUCUUACCAAGAUGUUGGGUGGUGGCUCCUGGGAGAGAUCCAUAAAGGAGGGCAGUGACAUCCCCCACAUCCCUAGAGGCAGCCACACACACAGUACCCUAUAAUUCAUUCCAGUGCUGGAAUGGGGAAGUAAUGUGGGGAAACCAAUCUACCAAAAUUGGGGAAGGGACGUUCCUGACCGAAUCAACCCGUACCCAUAUAGUUCUCUGGUCGCCUCGCUAAAGUAGCUGGAGGGAGGAAAGAGGGAAAGGCAAAGCUGUCGCCUCCUCCCCCUCCCUUUCCCUCUCUUCUGAUAUCAGUCAAGAGGGUGGAAUGGGGUAGGAUGGGGUGACACAGGAGAGGACAGGGAGAAAAGAGGUGUCGGGAAAGGAUGAGAAAGGGUUGUAGAAGCAGGAUGGAAAACCCACCCUGGCUUUGCAGAAAGGAGGAAUGUGAGAGUUAAAUGCCAAAAGGCCUCAUUAGCUACUAGCCAAGCCAUCCCGUACAGCAUAUAGUUUAUGGCAGUGGUGUCCAAACUUUUUUCAAAGAGGGUCAGAUUUGAUGAGGUGAAGGGCCAUAGGGGCCAACCAGAGGGCCAGCCAAGGUUGUUGACCUUUUUUUUAGGAUUGAUAUUGUUGACCUUUUUACCUUUUUUUAGGAUUUUACCCCAAAGUUGUUGAACUUUUUUUUAGGGUUGGAGUUGUUUAGGUUUUUACCCCAGGAAAUGAACUGCCACAGGGGCCAGAUUACGCCCCUGAAAUGGACUUUGGGCAUGCCUGGUUUAUGGUAUUUGCUUCUACAGGAUGCAGUGAUGGUAUUAACUUGGAUGGUUUUAAAAUGUGAUUAGACAUUCUGUAUUCAUGGAAGAUAAGGCUAUUAAUGACCACUAGCCAUGAUGGCUAUAUUCUACAUCCACUGUUGAAGGCAGUAUGCUUCUGUAUAACAGUUGAUUGGAAUCUCAGGUGGUCAGGAGUACUUUUGCACUUAUGUCUGACAACUGGUUGGCCGCUGGACUAGAUAGGCCUUCUUUGGUCUUAUCGUUGUCUUACAUUAAGACAAACUGUUACUAGCAGUGGUUGCUAAGAAAUUACAAGAUAAUAACGGCUUCAGAUCUGUGUAGGUUUGCUUGAAGACCAUUAGAAUUCAACUUCUCCAGUGGUGUUUAUGAAGUUCAAAUAGUUUUGACUAAAGCUUCUCUCCCAGUAUUUCUCACAGCAAAAUCUUGUAAGUAAUAAAAUGGGAUAUAUUCUCCUCCUUUCUAGAUACCAUGGAUGCUUAUUAUUUAUCAACUGAUUGGAUCUCUAGUUUGUAAACUAAUCAUGACAUACUCAUAGAAUAUUAUGAGAGAGUGACUUGGGUUCAGAACAUACUUUCCCAUUAGUGAUUUUUUUUUAAAAAAAUCAACACCUAAAGUUUUACUGUUAGUUGGAUUUUAAACACUGCUUAGAAUAGUAGUUUUCAAAGUUCCAAAGCCCAGGGAACCUUACAUAUGUUGGUUUGUCUUCCAAGGAAUGCCUUCACCUUGCAGGAAAUUUUUAUUUUCAACUAGAAUCUCUGGUUUACAAAACAUGCUUAAAUUUACAAAAUAAGUUGCACAUUAUAGAAUGUUGGAGUGGAAGAUGGAAGACAGAAAAAAGCUGCUCAACCCUUUCUAUGCCGGCUCAAAAAUUCACAAAGAGAACACUCUUAACAGCUUGUGGAGAGUGAUUUCUGAGCUCAAACAGUGCCAGAGGGGGGAAAGGAUUAAGCUGCCUCUGCUUGCUUAUGCUGCCUUCAUUCCAGCUCUCAGGGCAGUUUUGGCUUUUAAAAAGCCAAGAGAAAAAAUAAUGCAGAACCCUGUUUACUGUGCAGUGUGAGCCACAGGAGCUCUUAACCUGGAUUAGUUAUGACUUUACUUGUUAAAUGAUCAUUAGACUGCCUUGCAAGGUAGAUCAUUCCCUAUCUUCUGUACAUCCUUGUUCUAGGAUAUGCUCUCAGUUCACACAGGGCUGGUGCCUACAAACUGUUCUCACAAAUUCUUUUGUGGCUAUUUUUAAUUGCCAGAGAAAAUAGAUAGUGGUCAAUGAGCUAUUACAGUUUCUGACAGAAACCCCCAUCUCUUAGAAAAGUUUGACAAUCACUGUAGCAAUUAUAAAGGGCAGGGGAAGAGAGAAUUGUAGGUAUUGUAUCCAGUGCUAGUCCUAUAUAGAGUAGGCCCAUUGACGUUGGGAUAGAACUGCAUGUGUUUAACAAUACUAAAGUAUCAGUGUAUAUGGAUACACUUAUUUCAGUGGCUCUGGUUGUAAAACAGUGUGUACCUUCUUAAUGCAAAUUUGCGAUUAAAAAUUAUGGCAAGUUUAGUAUUGUCUGUGUGAAUUUUCCAAUUGUAUUUCAGACUUUAAGAAAGAAAGGCCUUAAUGGUUGUGAGAGCCCUGAUGCUGACGAUUACUUUGAGCACAGUCCACUAUCGGAGGACAGAUUCAGCAAACUAAAUGAAGAUAGUGAUUUUAUUUUCAAGCGAGGCCCUGUAAGUACUUUUCUUAGCUCCUACUUUUUAUUUGUUGAUUCUUUUUAUUAACUUCAUUAUUUAGGCUCUGAACAAGAAGGAAAACAGAGGGUGCGACAGCCCGGACCCUGACACUUCAUAUGUGCUCACGCCACAUACAGAAGAAAAAUAUAAAAAAAUUAAUGAAGAGUUUGAUAAUAUGAUGCGGAAUCAUAAAAUCGCAGUGAGUACUGUGGUAUGGCUUGUGACUUUAUUAUAUGCAUGAGAACAUUUUGCAACAUCUCCUUAACUUUGAAAGCUACAUUAAAGAUGACAUUGUUGUACGAGCUUAUAAAGCAGAAAUGUUCAUGCAAGAUGCAUGAAUCUGAGACAGAAAUCUUGGGAUUUUUGUAUGAACUCUGAGAAAGGCACUUUGUAUGCUAUAUGUGAGUUAGAAGGCAGCAGGAAAAGCCUCUUACACAGUCCACUUCCUAAGAAGCACUGCUUUCAUUAAAUUUCUGGUCACAGAGAAACAAAAAUGCUUACAGUGUCUACUUUGUUAGCUGAAAUCAAACAAGGCCUAGUACAAACCUUUCAGGCCUAGAGAAAUCCAUUCUGUACAGGCUCCUGUACAGGCUCCUGUCUUUCUUCAGUCUUUUCUCAAUAAACUACAGUGGGACCUUGGCUCUCCAACAGCUUGGCUCCUGAAAAACCCGGAAGUGAGUGUUCCAGUUUGCGAAUGUUUUUCGGAAGCUGAAUGUCUGAUGCAGCUUCCGCGGCUUCCGAUUGAGUACAGGAAGUUCCUGCAGCCAAUCAGAUCCUGUGCCUUGGUUUUCGAAUGGUUCUGGGAGUCCAAUGGGCUCCCGGAAUGGAUUAAAUUCGACAACCAAGGUACCACAGUAGUUGUUUUCUGUUAUUUUGCCAUGCAUCAUCCUAGAUCUGUGAAAAAUAUGCUGCAGUAUUUUUAUAUUAAAAUAUUUUCAGAACUGGGUAUUCCUUGGUAUAGAACUCAGAUGCCUUUGAAGUAAAACCUGUAACUCUUAAGAAGUUAAGGCAGUCUGUAUAUUGUGAUCAGUUGUUUUUGUCCCUCACUAAGAAAAUCAUUGAGAGAGAGAGAGGAUUAUCAGCAUAUGCCAUUGAGUAAUUGGUCAGAUAAUUAUUGUCCUUAGUCUAUAAGGGAAGCCAUAUCUGAGUGUGAUUUUCUUUUGAGAAACCUUUGUAAGUCACUUUGAGAGUGUUUAAGACCAUAAAGCAGGAUAUAAGCAUUCUACAUAAAUGAAAAUAAACAUGAUUGCACAACUAUAAUUUCCCAAUUUUGUUGGCAGAAGCUAUGACAUUUUUUUUCAAAACCUUGUUAGUUUCUAUUGCUAAAUAUGUCCUAAUAUUCUUUCAUUUUGUUCAUUCCAAGACUAGCGUUCUGUACACACCAAAAGAAGGUUUUUAAAAAUAAAGUCCUGUGAUUUAUUACUCUCUUAAAUGAAUUGCUAAAGGAAUUUUUCAGUGUGCUAUUUAAGGCAAAAUUCUACCUUGUAGUGAUGAUGUGUUGCUCAUAUAACAAUAGAAAAUAACAUAGUCAUAUUAUGGUAAAUUAUUUACCAGUCAAACUAUAAGGAAGCUGUUUUUGUUGGUUCUUAUUUUAUAUAGCAUCAUCCAGAUAUAUGGCAUUUGAAAAGGAGAGGUCCCUGUCAUGACAGCCUUACAAUCUAGAAAUUGAUAUAAGGGCCAUAGCAAAAGGUAGUGGGGGUGGUAGUGAAUUGUGGAAGAAUAUGCAGUCAUUUCUGUUACAUGUUUUUAGGUAUAGUUGAAUAGAUUCUGGGGACUAGAGACCAAACAAUUCUCAGAUGGGUUUUUGAGGAAGGAUUUCAAAGAAACAGGAUUUAACAUAAGAUGUAAUGCUUACAUGUACUUCAUCAAAGUGCUUUUUUAAAAAAAUAAAUAAAUUGCAUUCCUUCAAAUCCAAUCUUAAGCUAAAUUGCAAAGAAUUAUGCAUUAAUUUAUUCAUUUUUUUACUUGAAAUAGUUUUACAAACGAAUACAAAUAUAAUAGCACAACUCUCCAGCUUUUUUAGAACUUUCAGCAUAGUUCUAUAGUAAUACAUAAUGUGAAGAAUCAGGUUUGCCUUGGAACUUUUAAAGUUGAAAUAGUAUGCUGUAUUUUCCAGUAACAUCCUUUCCUCCCUCUCUCAUUGCAUGCUUAAGUGCUCUCAAAUACUGUUUCUGAUUGCAAAGGGAUAAUUUUCAUUUUCUGCAAUAAUCAAAACGCUUCUUAAAAGUUUGCUAGAAAGUUACGGGCAGAUGCCCAGAACAUCUUUCAUUUUCUACAUAUGAUAUUUUGUAAAACAUAUCUCCAUGUGAUUAACUUGGAGUAAUUAUCUGUAGCUCUUGGUAAUUAUCGGUAUCUCUAACCAAUUUUGAGAGUGCUAAGUGUGGUUUGUAUGUAACAAAUUUGAAUAGUUUGCAUUACAUAAUUAAGAUGUGUGUGUUCUAUAUGUAUGUUUCAAAACUCCUUUUAGAAACCAAGAAGCUGUUUUCUAACAUUUUGAUUAAAACUUGAGGAAAGUGUAGCUCUUUAAAUCUCACAUGAUUUCCCCCCACUCUUUUCAGCCUGGGUUACCUCCGCAGAACUUCUCAAUGUCGGUCACUGUUCCUGUGUCCAGCCCCAAUACUUUAACCUACAGUAAUCCUGGGAGUUCCCUUGUAUCCCCAGCACUGGCAGCAAGUUCUACCUUGACAGACUCUACCAUGCUGACCCCUCCUCAAGCCUCAUUGCAUCGAAAUGUGUCACCAGGAGGUCCUCAGAGACCACCAAGUACAGGCAGUGCAAGUAAGCAUUCCUCCCUCACCCCAAGUUUCAACAAGCUGUCACUCUUUACUUUUGUACAUUGCAUUAUCUGAGUGAAAUAAAUAUUCUUCCUCUGUAUCCCCCAAUUAGGUGGUAUGCUGUCCACAACAGAUCUGUCAGUGCCAAACGGAGCUGGUUCAAGCCCAGUGGGUAAGUUUCAAAGUUUUGCAUUUUGAAUACUGCAAGAGGCUUAAUUGGCUUAGGAACGGAUGAAGAAAUCAAAGCAAAGACUGUUUCUUUCAGGACUGACUCUUCUGAGCUGUGGGAAAGGAUAUCUGCUACUUUUUCUGUCCAGCAUUUGCUUUUGCUUGUUAUAUGUAAUAUGUUCUUGGAUAUGUCCUUUUUGGUGUAAGUGCUUAGAAAAUGUGGUUACGCUAAAUUUUGGCAUCCAAAGUCAUAAUGAGACUUGAAUCUUCCUAGUAGUUUCUUCUAUUUUGAACUAAGUGCACUGUUGAAGGGAAUUAACUACAAGGAUAAUAGAGCCGAUGGGCAUGUUUUUAUUUCUCUCUGCUUCUCGAAUAACUCUGAGCUUUUUGCUUUUGCCAGUUGGCAGUUUGCAUAACUUUCUGUAAAUCGUACUGAAAAAGAGCAGUCUCCAAAUGGGUGGGGGUGGCAUCAAUCUGUAGGCCUGCAUGUCAGCUUGACUUUCGAAGGGGAGCUCCAGAUAUUUUCCUUGCACUUGUUGACAAACUGGAGAGUGGUGCUGCUUGCUUCAAUCAGUGUAGAGGCAUCUGUGUUCCAGUUCUCAAAUUACCGGAAGAUGGCAUGAACACCUGCUGUCAAUAUUACGUGCCCACUCACAACAUCAUUUGAUGGUGAAGGAUCAGUUAGCUCAGGUCAGAGAGCAUAGAAUCAUUCCUGAGAAAUCAAUUGAUUUUCCUAUUAGAGCCCAGUUUUCCAGUAUCACUGUUAUAAGUUAAAACAAAAAUGUCUGGAAGUCCUUUGAUAACAAAGACUAUAUGUCUGUGAAUUUAAGGUUGCAGAUGGCAUGCUGGCUGUGAGAACCUUAGCCCUUCCUGCUUUUGCUCUGGCAUUCUGCAGAACUGUUAAUUCUAGUAAAAGCUUAGACAUGAAAAUGGAUAUAAAUUAGGCUGCAGUUCAAUUACUUUUUAUGCAGCAUUUAUGAAUGACAGAAUUUUAGAAAAUGUAUUUAUUAAAGGUUUUUAAACAAAAAAAAAAUCAAUGCAAUGUGAUUUAAAAGGUAAUAUACAAUUGCAAAAGAAAUUUUCCUGUUACAAUACAAUUAUCAUUAAGCAACCUAAUUCACAGGUAAAUUCACAUCCAGAUAUGGAGGGUUCUCCAUGUUGUCAUACGGUGUGGUGCAGACCGGUGAAGAUUAAUAGUUAAUUAAUGUAACUUUAAAAAGGGGGCCAAACUUCAUCAAACCAGUCAUGUUUCAUGAUGCCUUGUACCACUCUCAAAUGUUUGGAGAGGGCUAUGGACCAAACAACACUCAUCUACUGCUCUCUAGAGGGCCCAUUAAUUGACUUCCAACACUUACCAACUUUUUUUUAUAUCCACUGUCAAAAGAUGCACAACCAGUUCUUUGGUUGGUGUACAGAAAACUUGGAUGGUGUACAGUGCCAUUGAAGGAGUACCUUUAAGGAUGCAUCUUGGAUUCUGGCAUAUCCUUUGCAUAUCCUUUCCCAGUCCACAUCUUCAGUGCACAUCUAUAUCUCCUUCCCAUACCUCCUAGAGACCUGUUUUGUCACCCACUGAUUACUUAAUAAGCAGUAUAUAGUUUACUGAGGCAGACGGUCUCAGUUGCUGGCUCAACCUGAUGCAUAAACCUUCAAACAAUGUCCAGGACCAUAGCAUGCCACCCUUUCUCAUAAGUUCCCUCCUUUCCAAAGGGCCACACCUGCUUAAAUUGGAGCCACAAAACUGUAACACCUUGUAACUUUUCCCUCAAAAUGUUUUUGAUGAGGUGGCCCUUCACCACAACAUCUCUAAUUCUAUACAAAUGCUUAGACUUCCAUUCUUUAAAUUGAGUAUAUUUAUAUUUGUGCCUAAAUUCAGGGUGAUCCAGUGGGGGGAGUCAGGGGAGAGAAUGCUGGUGCCAAACAAUCACUCCAAGUCUUCCAAACUUCCAUAGUAGCCUUGAAAAAUGAAAUAUUAAGCAUGAACUACUAGCUACCAUUACAGCAACUCUGUAAUGCAGAUGAAAGUGGCUCCUUUUGGAUGCAAUUUUGUAAGCAAGGAAUGCUUAACUCUCCACUCCCCUUCCUCUGUUUGACACAUGCUGAUCCUGGUUAGCUGAAGUGAUGCUUUCUUUUUCCAUUCAAACCAUGGUUUAAAAUCCUGGUUAGUAAACUGACAUUAAACCACACUUCCCUGUUUGGCAUGUAGAGGAUCAGCAUGUCAACGAAGAGAGAAGAGGACUGGGGCGUGUGCAGGACAGAUGCUUCCACAGUGCUUCCUAAACUAUUGCUUAGCAAGCUGAGUGUGUUACAUCCAAACUAGGGCAGUAAAUCUAGCAGCAUUUUAAGCCCAUCAGAAGUGAAACUCUGCCACUUCCUGGAUCUGCCCCCCCCCCCCGCCAACUUGGUAAUAAAUUUAAAUAUGUCACUGUAGCUUUUAGCUAGGGCAUUCAAGUUUCACUGUAUUACUGAAUGGUCAGCGUCCAGUAUUUUGUCAGGAUGCUGUGACUUGUCAGUUACUCCAGUGACACACUGUGGCAGGUGGGAAUUAACCUCCGCCAUCCUGAAAAUACAAACUGAAGUCUAGCAGAUGCAUUCUGAAAAAGGACCCACUUAAACUGGAAUACGAAUUAAUAACAAACCACAGGCAUUUGUUACAUUACUUUAUUUAUCUAAAUAUGUUUAGGUCACCUUUUAGGACAAAGCUGUCGCAUGGCAACAUAACCAAAACCACAUGUAUGUAUAUAAUAAUCCAAAAAAGUAGUAAACAUUUCAACAAUAACAGUCAGCAUUAAACCAUUUAAAACAGCUGAAAUGUUUCAUUUUUCCAUCCAGCAUUGUCAGGGAGUAAAUGGGUCUUUAAAAGCAUGUAUUGAUGGUACCAUAUUCCCAUUUGUUGGAAUAGAAUUCCACAAAUGUGGGCCCACCAUGAGAAGCGCCUGUCUCUUGUGCACACUAACUGAAUUGAUAUAAAUGGCAGACCUAUUAUAGACUCUCUGAAGCUGAUCUUAGAGCAUGGGCAAGUUCAUACAGGUGAAGGCAGGUCCUCUUAAGGUAAUGUGACCCCAAAUCAGUGACAACUUUAAAGAUCAUUACUAAAUUGGCCUAGAAAUCCAUGGGCAACCAGUGCAAAGGGUUGCCCAACUCUGCCACCAACAUAUAGAUGGGCACAUGUUUGUUUAGUUUAUUUACUGGCGUGCUAUUAUCUUAUAAGGUUGCUAAUAAGUAGUCCUCUGGGCAACUCCACAGCAUAAAAUGACAACAUGGAAUUGAAAAUCCAAUAUCAUGAAAGUAGCUUACACCAGUUGAACAUUCUACAUAGUCUUCAAAGGCAGACAUGUAUUCAAGUCUGGAUGUCAUUAGUGCAUGUGUAGCAUAGUUUAGGUAAACCCUUUCUGGGUAAAAUCACAUAUGCCGCAUCAUCCUGAACACAUGCAGUGGUACCUUGGGUUACAUACACUUCAGGUUACAGACUCCGCUAACCCAGAAAUAGUGCUUCAGGUUAAGAACUUUGCUUCAGGAUGAGAACAGAAAUUGUGCUCCGGCGGCACGGUAGCAGCAGGAGGCCCCGUUAGCUAAAGUGGUGCUUCAGAUUAAGAACAGUUUCAGGUUCAGAACGGACCUCCGGAACGAAUUAAGUACUUAACCCGAGGUACCACUGUACUGUAAAAGGCACCCUAGCCACCACUGGAUUUCCACAGACAACACAAAGUGCAGGAGAACCCCCAAACUCUGAGGAAGUUACAUCAGGAGAGGGAUGUAACCCCACCCUAGUCUGGUUCCAAACGUCCAUACACUUACACUUUGGUUGGUUUCCACAGUCUUUCUGUGUUGCCUUGAUUAAAUUUUAGUUUGAAUGGUUUCAUUCAUUCCAAAACUGAAUCCAGACACCAGUUCAAGGGUUUCACAGCCUCCCUGGGAUGAGUAUGUCAAAACAAGAGCUAGAGCUAUGUGUUAUCUUCAUACUAAUGAAAAUUGCACCCUAAAUCUCCAGAUAACUUCUUUUAGCAAGUGGUAAUAUUUCAAACUAGAUCUUAAUUCUUCUUUUGCAAUUCCCUAUUUUCUCUAUUCUCCUUGAUGCUCUUUAGAUGUUUCAGUGGCAACAUUGGAGCUGCUCUUCCAAGGAUUCAUCCUGCUACUCUGCUGUAAUAUUUGACCAAUGAUGAUUCCAGUCAUUGACCAAUGAUGAUUCCAAUCACAUAGGUCCUUAUCACACAUUUGUCACCAAAGCAGAAUUCAGGGGUUGAUAGUUGAGUGGUGAAGUUGAGUGCAGUUUUCCAUUACAAAGGGUCUUCUUACAUAGGAACAAUAUUGGAACAUAGGAAGCUGCCUUAUACUGAGUUAGACCAUUGGCCCCUCUAGGUGACUGGCAGCAGCUAUCCAGGAUUUUAGGAAGGGUUCUGUUCCAGGUCUACCUGGAGGUGCUGGGGAUUAAUCCUGGGACCUUUUGUGUGCAUAUGAGGUGCUCUAUUACGGAACUUUGCCUCUUUCUUCUAAACUCUUAAACAUUACUGUGUGAAUUAAACAGCAGAAAAAUGGUUUAACACCACUCCUGUAACAUCUACAGAAUACUGUAGUAUAGUCAGUUAAAGAUCUGAGUGUGAUGGGCACCUCCCUUAGAAGUAUUGAAAUGUUAAUCUCCUGUGGAAAACAGUCAUUCUUAGGUUGACUCAAGGCUGAACAAAUACUAAUAUCUGUAAUUAAGGCUGAAAAAACCAGUCAUGCAUCAAAUUGUAUCUCUCUUCUCCUCCACCCAGAGGGUACAGUUUUGUGGAUGCUUAAAGCAAGAAGAGAGACAGUUAAGAUUGUAUUGAAGCCAGAAGUUAAAAUCUUCAUGUUUCAAAGAACUGUUCAUUUAGCUCUUGUUUUAAUUUAUGAAUUCAUAUUGUCCCAACAAUUAAGGAGCUUUGAGUUUUUACACUGAGCCAUAUCCCUUAUCAGAUGUUUGGUGCUUAUAUCCAAAGUUAAAUUGUCUGAAGGGAAUGUGUUCUAACAAUUGGCUUUCUAUAAUUUAUGCUAGAAAUUAAUGUGAUAAUGAACUCCCUCCGAGGCACUGAGACAAAACCAGGGUUUUAGUCUGCCUGGGAGACUGUUAAGGGGCACCUGCUCUGUGUGACAGAUCAGGGCACCUGAUGCAGUCUUGCUUUACAAAACUCAAAUGUUGCAUAUUUGGGUGGGGGCAGGGGCAGGGGCACAUUGCCAAGCACAGGCACUCUUGGCCCCAGGGCAGUAUCAGUUUAGAUCUAACCUUGGUCUUCGGUUCCCAAUUAGCUAAUUACUGAGGAUGGCCUAUUUUCCAAAAGCCAAGCUGCGGAUCCCCUACUUUUGAAAAAAUUGAUAAAUCUAUUGUAGUUACGUCUGCAAGGCAAUUUUUUGAACAAAAUGUGGUGUAGCCUCUAGUAAGCAGAGGAUUUUAGGUAUACUAAAAAAACAGACUGGGGUUGAGGAAUAUAUGGUUUUCAACAUCAUGAUAUAUCAGCAGCUAAACAUUGUGAUAUUAUGACAUAUCACAGUGUCUGAAAUUUGGAGAUCGGGUGGAUGGGGUGCAUGCAGAUCAGAUGUGAGGAUGGGGGGAAGAAGUAGCCACGAAGAUCAGAUGGGGGGGGGGAGGGAAGCGGAGUCACCUCUACUGCAUGCUUUGAGUGGGAGGGGAUGGUUGGGGGGGCGCAUGAAGCCGCCAUCAGUGGGGCAGCCAGCGAAAGACCCACGUCCACUGUGGCUGCUGUUGCUUUUCUGUUGACUGAGAAAAGCUGCUCUGCCUCAGUGCCAGAGGAAGGUAGUGCCACGGUGCCUUGAAGGGCAAUCAGCUGCCCUGUUUUCCAUCAGUGUGAGAAGGAGGUAGUGCCUCACAAUUGGCUGCCCUGUUUUCCCUCAGCGUGAAGGAAGGCAUCUCAGAUAAUAUUGGCUGAGAUCAUUGUGCAAUACUGGCAGUGCCUUGAAAUCGGCUGCCCUGUUCUCCCUCAUGCGAGGAGUAAUAUAUUGCUGCGUAUUGCCAGGUAAAAAUCGUUAUCGUGGUGUGAUUUCAAGACAGAUUUUGGCCAAUAUAUCGAAAAAUCGCACAGUGCUAAAACAGACCAUAACAUUUGAGAUAUUACUAUGCAAAAAUGACAAAAAGAUUAGCUGGGAGGGAGAGGCAAGGGCCCCCUGCAUGUGUUCUGUGGACCUCCAGGGGUCCCUGGACCCCUAAUUGGGAACCACUGCUCUAGAUGUUACUGAACUACAAAACUCAUCAUACUUGGUUAUGCUGUUUGGGGCUGAUAGGAGCUGUGGUUCAGUAACAUCUAGAGGACCAUGUGUUAGCCAUCCUAAGUUUAAACCCUCCACAUAUAAAUAGUUAUAAACAGUGGGGGGAAACCAAGCCAAUUCUUCUCAAAUGUCGAAACUAAUCUUCCAUUUUUAAUUCCAUUUGGAGUUAAAUGGCAAGGAAAUGCUAAAAGUAGUCCAGCAAAAUUGUACCCACCCCUGCUGCAUUCACACCUGCUGAGGGUAACACUUCAUGCAGCUGAUGAAUUGCGUGAUAGUUCCCCAAAACUUGUGCCAUAAUAUUUGCCUACUCUAAAUGAGUAGAUAUUGCAUAUUCAGUUGUGUAUGCAACUGAAUAUAUGCAACUUUGAAUAUAAGGUUUGUUGAUUUAGGUGUUGUUUUAAUAAAAAUCAAUGCAUCAGGGAGAAGGCCAUCUGAACUUCUUGGGGGAGGGCAUUCCAAAGCACUGGGCCAAAACCAAAAGUCUCCUCAAGAAGCAAAGCAAUCUCCAAAAGAGUUGUAAUUUGAAUUAAAGCCUUGCAGAUCUCAGUUGCUGAGAGAGUAGGCUUAUGUAGAAGGAGGCAUUUGCUGAGAUAAUCGGGACCUAGGCUGUAUUGCGUUAAAAGCACUUUGAAGUGGCCUCCGAUGAAUUGGCAGCCAGUGAAAGCCUUUUCCCAUGGUUGAUUGCUUAGUAUCACCAGAUGUUAUAGAAAAAUUAUAAUUUAUUGAGAGGGUGAGGUGGGGUGGGAGGUAGAUAGACAGCUGCCACAUUUGAAAGGCAAAUGUGUCCUAAUUUGAUAGAGAAGUAGCUCAGCGUUUCACAUGGUUGGUAUGUAAAUAAUAUUGGUGUUGCAGUAAAAUAAAGUUAACACACAGGAAGGUUAGACUAGAAAAGGAAUCAAGCUGUUAAAAUGCUCUGAGAAUACCUUCCUGGAGGAACACUGGCUAGUGGGCCUCACUAUCUUUAUUAAAUAUCAAAGCUAUAUGAUAAUGACACGUAGACCUUAAUGGCUGGAUUGAUUAACUGCCCCCCCCUUUGAAUGGAAGAACGUGUAUAGCUGUCUAGUAGAGCAGGCAGAUACUAGCUUGAUUGCAUCCAGAUUGGGUUUCUGUGGAAGCUUUUCAUCAAUAAGUAAUCCUAGGUAUUUAAAUCGAUGUGCUUGCUCGAGGGUGUGACCAUCUAAUGUCCACUUAGGCUUGGUAACCCUCUUACCGAAUACAGCAACCUUAGUUUUGGCAUAACUUUUAGGUGUUCUUUUUUGCACAGUUGGCCAAAUUUGGCCAGCAUCCUUCCGAGUCCAAUUUUGUUCAAAGAGAGCAGGACUAGGUCAUCAGUGUAAAGCAGAAUGGACACUUUGCGAUUUCCAUGAGAGGGAGAGAAGGAGGAAGGGGAUGCCAUCUCAGGGAUGAGAUUGAUGAUAAAUACGAAAGGUACCAAUACGCAACCCUGCUUGACCUCUUUUAAUCAGAUAAUGAGUUUGUGAAGGGAUGCAUUAAGCUUUAGAAAUUGGUUCUUGAAAAGUAUAGAACCAAAGAUGGCAUUACAAAGCAUAAAAAGCAAAUAACCAAAAUAUUAGCCUUAAGAAUAAAAACAAAAAAACCAGUAACCAAAAUUUUAACAUAAGACUCAAAACAAUUGUAGCUGAUGUCUUUUUACCAGGUUCUAUAUCUAAUCCCUAAAACCCAAGAGUGUGAGGCUAUGCUUGUGUCUGUCUUCUAAAGUUGACAGACUUUGAUCUUACAGGAUUUACUUGGGUUUUUUUUUUACUAGGGUCCUGAGAAACAUCAACCAGAGCUUGGUACAAAAGACAUACACCCAGCAUUAAAGAAUUCUGAGACUAAGAAUUUGUUUUGCGUGCACAGUCCCUGCACACAAAUAUCUUCUCUGGGAUUUUUUAAUUUCAGCAUUGUGAUUUAGAGUGGAGAUGGGGUCAUUUUGUUGCUGCUGUUCGGAAGGUUGUGUCUGCUUUGCUCCUCCCCAGUCAUCUCACUGCUGCGCUGCACUGACCUAAGCCAUUAUUUGGCUUAGCAUAUUUUCCGAACCUGGGCUUGCCAUUUAGCUCUCUUCAGACUGACCAUGGUCUGUAACCAAGGGUUGUUCCUGGUUUGCUGUUUGUGGCUUGUUCCGAGAGAACUAAGCCACAAGGCUGGGUUCAGAUGACUCACCAAGUCAAGGAAUGGCUUAUCUCAGCAUGGAACAGCCCCAAACAUUAUGCAAGGAAAAUAUAACUCUGUGUGAAGUAUGAACCUGGCCUGUAUUGUCUUAAGUAUAAACAACCUCAGGGGCAGAGUACAGUGGUACUCUGGUUAUGAACUUAAUUCGUUCCGGAGGUCCGUACUUAACCUGAGGUACCAUUUUAGCUUAUGGGGCCUCCUGCUUACCACGCAAUUUCUGUUCUCAUCCUGAGGUAAAGUUCUUAACCUGAGGUACUACUUCCGGGUUAGCGGAGUCUGUUUGUAACCCAAGGUACCAUUGUAUAAGUUAAUUAAAUAAUAAAAAGCCUGAAGUAUGGGGAACAUCACAAAUUUAAACGCUCUUUCUUUUCUGUACUCUCACAAUGUGUCCAAGCUUUGAUUUUCUAAACCACAUACAUGCUUCAAGGUUUUCUAUUGUCAUAUGUAAAAAAGAAAAAUGAAUUGUGGAUGUUAACAUCACUUUCAGAUGAACACUGAAGGCAGGCAGUACUUUCCAGGCAUCUGUCUUUAUUGUGUAAUUUGUAUUGUGGUGCAGUUUGUAUUGUGGAACAUAGAGCACAAUGAUAGAAUUAAAGAAUGUUGGACUAGAGGGCAUACAGCUAGGAAUACCAUAUUAAAAAUGUGAAGGUGAUAGAAUAGUUGGCAUUCUUACUGGUUUUUGGUUUUACAUUACCACACAAAACAGCAUUUUCCCCUCAGAUAAUCAUAUUGGUAGUAAUUAUUAUUCUUUGGUUUAACCUGAUUAACAUUUCCUUUAAGAAAGAAAAAGGGGGAAAGUCAUCAAGUCUUUCAUUCACGCCACGCAAUCCAUUAGAUCUGCUAUAUCUAUGAAAGUACUUUUAAUAACUUGCAGAAAUUGCUUCUUAAAAAAAUGUGUCUUGCAGUGGAUGAAUUUUUUUUUAUUCAAAACAACAGUUCAUCUUCUCAAAUACUUUCCCAGGGGUAACCAGUACAGUCUCUUUUUCUCUUUUUCACAUGUUUUUAAAAGGUGCAAAUUACUGUCUCUAAUGUGUGCACACACAUGCAUUGUGCCGAGAAGAGGAAGCUGGCAUACAAAGGGUUACCCUGGCUACAUUUGGGAAAGCUGCCUGACUAUUACAUCAUCUUGUAAUCAUUAUCUGCCUCUGGCUCCUGACCUUAUGCUAAAAAAUCCUGCGCUUUUAACUGCCCUUUCACUUGGGUUUAUAAUUUGAUAUUCUUGGGUUACCAAGGUUUGCAUUGAGUAAGGCAGUUUCUAAGAUUUUGAAGAACAAAUAUAUUUCUGGAUGUUGUGGGAGAAGUAAUCUUCCUGACUUAAGCAUAGACAGUGUCAUACACAAUAAUCUCUCCCUCUCUCUCCAGAGAGAGAGAGAGAGAGAGAGAGAGAGAGAAAGAAAACGCUUCUUAGGUUGAGAGUAUUGCUUAUCUCUUGCACACAAUCUUCUCCUUCCUAUUUUGAUGCCUUAUCUAGAAAAUGGCUCUGUUUUCUGGCAGGCAGAGUGCUUCACAUCAGUCUGCCUGUCUGAGUGAGGCUCGGCACUGUUGAGAGAGGCUUAUGUCUGACAGUGCCAUUAAAGGAUAUGAAAUGUUCUCUGAAAGACUGACAGUCCCUUGUAAGAAGGGCUGCAGGAAAUGACUGUAUUGGGUGUGGAAGGAAAAGCAGAACUGCCUGCUUGCUUGAAGAGAGUAAUAGGAAUAGUUGGUUUUUUUAAAAAGUACCCCACACUGAUGUAAUUCCCAUUUAAGAUAAACAGAAUUUUCAAGAAAGUAUUCAUGAGUUUAUUUGCUUUGAAGAAACCCCAUUGCAAUUAAGGGGGAUUACCUGAGGUAAAUAUGCUUCGUGCAUGGACUUUUAGACUUGUGUUAAAAAACUUUUGAAUAAUAUACAAGCUUCAAGCAGCUGUCUUGUAUGGCUGUGAAUUCAGUUUCUAAUAGACCUCAGCAAAGCAAGUAGACUGUGGUGUUAUAAGAAAAUGCUCAAGCACAAUUAACAUUGUCGGUAGCUUAGUGGGUAAAUGCGGGCUGUAAUAUUAGUGAUCUUGAGUGCUAUGAUACAUUAGCCUUUAUCUUGAAGGAGUUGACUGAUGAGAGUAAACAUGUGAUGCGUUCUGCUUCUUAAAGUGCCAGGCAGGCUUUCUUAAGCAGAUGUUAGAGACUUCUUCCGUAUGUUGCUUUCCAAAUAAGGGAGAAGUGGUCAAGUCCAACACACAUGUGCACUUGGAUCCCCAAAGGGUAUGGUAGGCAGCCCAUUUUGCUUGGGCCCUGUGUUUAGCUGAUAUCCUUUCUCUGGAUCCCCUGAGAGGAGGCUUUGUGGCCCUGAUUCCUCCUUCAUACUACCAUUCAAGUACAGUGGUACCUCGGGUUACAGACGCUUCAGGUUACAGGCGCUUCAGGUUACAGACUCCGCUAACCCAGAAAUAGUAUCUCGGAUUAAGAACUUUGCUUCAGGAUGAGAACAGAAAUCAUGUUCCCGCGGUGGCGCGGUGGCAGCAGGAGGCCUCAUUUGCUAAAGUGGUACCUCAGGUUAAGAACAGUUUCAGGUUAAGAACGGACCUCCAGAACGAAUUAAGUUCUUAACCCGAGGUACCACUUUAUGAAUAAGUUUGUUUGCUUUAGCUACUAUUUUGUUCCAUAGUGCAACUAUUCUUUUUACUUUUUCAUGGCAGCGUGCUGAUAAAUCUAGGCAUAACUCUGAUGUCAAGAGGCAUCACAGCAUGGGUGUAGCCAGGAUUUAUGUUAGGGGGCGGACUUCAUUGGGGGGGUGAACCUCAGUUUUUUAAUUGAUUUACAUGAUUUAGAGGGACAGCCCCCCCCCCCCGGCUACACCUAUGCAUCACAGUACAUGCAGAACCAAUUUUGGUGCUGCAGCCUUCCCUGUGAUACCAUGGUGACUCACCUUGAAGCAUUCUGUUUGGGGAAGAGUCAUUGCUGGUGGUAGCAGAUGUCCUGCAUGCAGAAGGUUCUGAGUUCAGGCCACAGUCUGAGCAAGUGGUGAUGGGAUAACUGGAUGAGUGGUCCAUCCUGUUUUUGCCUAAAGCCAACUUCAUUGGCUGAUACUGUUCUGGUGAAUGGGUGCUGAGUGAAUUGCAGUUGGUCACUCUUUAAGGCAGGGUACCCAAUGUGCCCACCAGAUGAUCUUCAGCUCUCUGCUAAUAGGGGGCUGAUGAGAAUUGGAGUCCAGCAUCAUUCUAAGGGCAUCAGGUUGGCUCCUCUUUUUAGUUUUUCCCCUUUGCUUUUCCAGGUUUCCUCCAGCAAUUAUUUUUUUUCUAGACUAGUAAGAUGCAGAUGGAGCUGGUUAGAUGCUUAGUGUCAACUUCUUAGAAAUCAAUUGGACAUGUUCUGUAAAUGCCGCCUAUCGGUUGACUUGUUUGUGUCAACCAGCCUUCUCUGGCUCUUCAUUUUGGGCUUUGGUCCCACAAGCUGUUCUUGUGUGUAUGUAUGUGGCCAGAGACAAAUGCUUGACCAGAUUCCCAUCUUUUUCAGCCUGGUUACAAUUACUGCAUGUUCUUCCACAUGCGAGAAUAUUUACGGUUUGUGCAAUACUGUUGCUAAGCUACAGCCAUAGUGCAAUUGUUCAGACAUUAAAAAUGUGUGCUUCUGAAGGACACUUGUACAUUGCAUUCAGAAAAGAUACAAUGGGAGCCUCACAGCCUCAAUUUUCAAAUGCACACAGUUGCAAAAUUUGAAACUGGAAUUAUAACAAAACAGCAACUUAGUACCUAAGACUAAUGCCAUGCUGAAGCCUUCUCUUCAGUUCUGGGAAAUCUGCCCUCUCCACCUCCACAAAAAAGAGAGAGAAGGAGGCAGUUGAUUUACGGUCCCUUUCACGGUGUAGGAAAGAAUUAUUACUUCAAAAUUGUUCUGGAGAGCACAGCUUUGCCGCUUCCCUUAAGUUACAAGGUGGCCAAAGGGUGAGAGAUGUUCUCACGUUGACUUAAACCGCCCUCAGUGCACUCCAUAGCUUCUCCAGUGUUCCAGAGAGUGAGACCUCAGGUUACAGACGCUUCAGGUUACAGAUUCCGCUAAGCCAGAAAUAGUACCUCAGGUUAAGAACUUUGCUUCAGGAUGAGAACAGAAAUCAUGCUCCGGCGGCGUGGCGGCAAUGGGAGGCCCCAUUAGCUAAAGUUGUUCCUCAGGUUAAGGACAGUUUCAGGUUAAGAACGGACCUCCAGAACGAAUUAAGUUCUUAACCCAAGGUACCACUGUAUAGCUAUAGAUAUAGAUUGCAAUGGCGUUUAGCCACAAUGCAGGUUUGACCUGAUUCUUUCUUUGUUUCUUUUUUAAAGAAUUGCCUGGCUCCCAGGCUCUCCCAUGAGCAUUGUCUAUCUCACUUUCUGGAAUGGCAGGGAAGCUGUAGAGUGCUGCAGAAUAGCACGAAGAGGCUACAGUAUUUAUUAAAGAACAAAUACACCCCUAUCCCUCAGCUACUUCAUAACUUUAACAUUUGAGGUUGUUGGCCUGACGUAUCUUCCCUGCCCUUUUCACUUUUCACUCUUCCCGCAACAAAAACCUGACAACCAGAAUGGGCCUGAUUAUUAGAAGGAUUUUAUGACACUUAGUUCCAGGCAAAAAGGGGAUUAAAAAGGACUAAGAUUUAACAGAAUCUGCUAAGAUUUAAUAGAAAAAUAAUGGGAGGAAGACUUGGAGGACAGACCAACCGGAAUGGAAUGGCCUGACAACAUUCAACAUCAAGCACCGCAGGCAUAUCUACAUAUUUAGGUGGCAUGCUGUCCUCUUACCAUGGGUGAUGUUUUAGAUAGGUGCACAGAAGUGUGAAACAUUAUUCUGUCCUAUGGUUUUCAAACACUUUCCCAGGAUUCCUCAGAUGCUUACUGGGAUUUCUUAAUAAGACCACUUAAUAACAAAUAAGCUUCCCGGAAAGACAGCUUGGCCCCACUGCUGAGUUUAUUCUAGGGCCCCCUCUUGGAUCAUGCAUGGUGACACUGAGAACCAGCAAUACUGGUUGGUAUGAACCUUAGAAUGUGCUUUGGACUCUGGGUGUUCCUUGGCAGAUGAAUUUGAUUUGAAAGGUAGGAAGUUAGAAUGGUGGUUUUCUUACUACCAUACUUCCUUAACUUAUUCUUAGCUCAUUUGCUCAGGAGGCUUAAGGACAUGGAGUGAAGAGCCCAUUUUAUGUUGGUUUUUGCAUGCCUCUAAAUUGAAUAUGAAAUUUAUUACUUGCUGUAAUAAAAUAGGUCACAGGGGUAUACUCUGAUCCAAUUAAUACUAUAACCUACUUGCUUGCAACAUUUCGUAGUCUAUUAACAAAAAAUUCCACACAUGGUUGGGGUAAGAAAUGCUGCUGGUGUGAUAUUUUUGAGAGAAUGUUGAGAAAUAGCACCUUAGGAUAAAUGUAGUUGUUGGAAUAUAAUAGGUUUUUUAAUGUCUAUUGUUCUAUAAGCACCAAGAAUUCUUUGCAGCAACUGCUAUAUUCCAGGCUCUCCUGUUCAAUUUCCAUUUAUUUCAGUAAGUUUUUCAGAAUUCUUUUCCAUUCUAAACAAAAUGAGAGGCGUUUUGUGGGGCAUUUUGUGUGUGUUUGUGAGACCCACAUCGUAUCCCAUUACAACUUGACAGGUUGCUGUUGGGAGAUGGACAACUGUAACCUCAACAAAAUGUUGCAGUGUGGAAUGUUUCUUUUCAGUAUGUCAGCCAUAGUGCAAAAAAAGUUGCUUCUGGAUUUUGUGGUCCUAUGUGCAAAUGAAGUUGAACUAGCCAAAACAUGAGUGUUUUCUGUGAACAUGCUGGCUAUGGUCCUGCUCCCAGUUAUGUGAAAUAAUUACUUAUCAUUAAGAUAAAUGGGAUUAACUGUGUGCUGGUUUUCUAGAGGGGCAGUUGUGUUAGUCUGUUGCAGCAAAGAGUCUUGAUGCAACUUAAAGCCUGACAAAUGUAUUGCAGCAUAAGCUUAUGCCAAAAUAAAUGUAUUACAGUGGAACCUUGGGUUGUGGAUGUAAUCCGUGAUGGAGGCACGUCUGCAAACUGCAGCGUUCGCAUCCUGAAGCGCUGCAUCUGCGCCGGCGCAAUUUGGCGCUUCUGCGCAAGCGCGAAGCGCAAUCUAGCACUUCUACGCAUGCGCGAGCGGCAAAACCCGGAAGUAACCCGUUCCGGUACUUCCGGGUUUCCUGCAGUCCGCAACCCGAAAAUACGUAACCUGAAGCAUCCGUAACAUGAGGCAUGACUGUAUUGUUUAUAAGGUGCCACAAGGCCUUCUGUAUAUUGGAUUGGAUCCACAGUGAGUUUUUUAAAUUUAAAAACAAACAAUUAAAAAAAUAUAUCUGUCAACACACUUCUCAGGUCUUUUAACGGCUUUCCCCACCCCCAAAGAAGUUCAUCAGAUGUCAUGUGAGCCAAGACCUGGUGUUCCUACUGUCAGCAGGAUCUAAUGCCUCCUUUGGUGGCAUGAGAGUGCGAAGGACCCUGUGUCAGACGAGAGUGCCAAAGCUACUGCAAACGCUAUGUUAAAGAACAGAUGGCAUUAGAACAUCUCUGUGACUGUUGCACCUUCUCAUCAGUCAAGCUGCUAUAUCAUACCUUAAAGUGGUGCCAUCUCCACACAUUUACUUUCAUUUCCCUCAGGGAAAGGUGUACAUUCCCCACCCGAUUUUCUAGCCUGUAGAAUGCAGCAUUUCUCAACCCAGGCCACCCAACUUUCCUGCAGAUCACUGCUCAUCAAACUUUCUUGCUUUAGGGGAUCCUUUCCUCAGUGACUUGUUUGUUGCAGAACUCCUGCAUGUUGUGAGUGAUUCUGGGAUGUGUCCAUGCAUCCUGCAUUGCCAGGCUGGCUAGGCCUCUCCGUUGCUAAGCAAGACCUGAAAGCUUAACCCAGAACAGUGGUAGCCAGUGUGCUGCCCUCCAGAUGGAUAGAAGUUGGAGUCAAACAAAAUCCAGACGGCUACUCUUUGCCCUAGAGCACAGGUUCCUAAACUGUGGUCUGCAAACUUCAUUCAUGGGGCUGUGGUGUGUCAAAUAGUCAUACAGAUUUUAAAUUUCAUUUUUAUUGCUUUUUAUUUUUUGAUUGACGCUUUUGAAUUAUGGUGUUGGAGAGACUCUUGAGAGUCCUAUGGACUGCAAGAAGAUCAAACCUCUCCAUUCUUAAGGAAAUCAGCCCUGAGUUGGAAAGACAGAUCCUGAAGCUGAGACUCCAAUACUUUGGCCACCUCAUGAGAAGAGAAGACUCCCUGGAAAAGACCCUGAUGUUGGGAAAGAUGGAGGGCACAAGGAGAAGGGGAUGACAGAGGACGAGAUGGUUGGACAGUGUUCUUGAAGCUACCAGCAUGAGUUUGACCAAACUGUGGGAGGCAGUGGAAGACAGGAGUGCCUGGCGUGCUCUGGUCCAUGGGGUCACGAAGAGUUGGACACGACUAAACAACAACAAUUUCUUAACAUUACAAUUUGAAUAAAAUUAAAAUUAAAAAGUUCUACAGCAUCUAGCACAGCGUGUUACAUUUGCUACAAAAAAAAUAAUAAAAAAUAAUAAAAUAAUAAUUGAGUGGUCUGCCAAGAGCCUCAGCAAUUUUAAUGUUGUCUGUGGAGAAGAAAGUUUGGGAUCCCCUUCUUUAGAGUGUAUAAACAUUCUCCCAAAGCUGUCACUUUAGAGGGCAAAUCAGGAAGCUGUAUUUCGGGGAUGUUUCUCCACCAGUUUUGAUCAUUUAUUGAGGUGCUCCCGACCAUUUCCCAAGGAUCUCCAGAUUGCCUUCUAACACUACUGCGCUUGCACAAGCUCAUGCAAAAGCAACCCCAGAGUCAUCUGCAACUGGACCUAAUGGUCAGGGGUACCUUUUCCUUGAUGCCCAUAUGUUCACUCUUAUAAUGUAUGAUCAUUUAUCUUUGUCUUAAGGUGGACUUCUUUUGCCUCUUCUCUUAUUACAGGAAAUGGUUUUGUGAAUUCACGAGCUUCACCAGGCCUGCUUAGCAGCACCGGGGGUGGGAAUGGCCUAAGCAAAGGGAUGCCUACAAAAUCUCCCCCUCCCCCUGGCGGGGGCAACCUUGGAAUGAACAGUCGCAAGCCAGACCUCCGGGUUGUCAUCCCUCCCUCUAGCAAAGGCAUGAUGCCUCCAUUGGUAAGUUUAGCUUUUUGACUUAUUCGUAGCUUGGAGAAAGACAAAAGAGACCUUGAUCAGGAAGCUAAGAACAAACAUUGGCUUGAGAAUGUGGUUUGGUGAGAAACAAACUUGCAAGCACUGGUUCAGAUGUUACAGAAAGCCAGGCGCUCCAUGGUUUGUUUUCCUGCUCAACUAAGGGAGGAGCGAACACAGGCACUGUCAACAGAGCAUGCCCAUCUGUAAGGGCAAACAGAUGGUACUGUAAACAUGAUUCAUAUUCCUGCACUGGAGGGCAUGUACAUGUGAACAGUGGGCUUUUUUUGGAAGCAGUUUUCAAGGGCACAAGGGCUUGCUUUUCUCCAAGCAAAGUACAUUGAGGCUUCUCUAAAGUAACUGUGAAUUGGUCGAAUUUGGGUGUGGACGCUUUGCUUUUGACCAUUUUAAAUGUGCUUUUCCCAUCAACUGUGUGUUGACAAUAGGAGUCAGUAGACAGGCUGUAAGUUUACUAUACUAAGAAGAAGAAGAGUCCUACUGGGUUAGAGCUUUCUCUCUAGCCUAGCACCCAGUUCCCCCACAACUAGAUGCUUCUGGGAAGCUGGCAUAGUAUCACGUAAUGCUUCUUUGCCUACUGAAUCACAUCAUAACUUUGGAAUAUUAGUGAGGCUAAAAAUAGCACCAACACAACUCUUUCAUUCUUGAAUACUGUCCUAUUCUCAGUAACCUUAUUAUUCCUCUUAUUUGCUGAGUACAGUCGGAGGAGGAUGAAUUGGAGUUGGUGAGUCUGGGUUCCUAUUUGGUAUGAGACAUCAAGAUCCGGAGAGCUUUCAUGUUAACUGUCUGUUGUAGCUUAGACCAACAUUCCCUUUGCUGCAGAGAGAAGCCGGUUGUGAUUGGUUUAUUUCAAGUUUCUACAUUGACCAACAGAAUAUGGAAAACUAAUAAAUAUUUGCCAAAAACGUUAAUAUUUUUACCAGUGGUGUUGCAAAGGGGAACGUUGGAACAGAGCCUCUAACAGCAACUGUCCACUGUGCACAUUGAGGAGCCUUGAAAUUUUCUUCUAAGGCACCUUAUAUUCCAUGUCAAACUCUGCAGUGAUUUACUUCACUCAUGAAGUUCUGCAAAUUGUAAUACAGUUCCUGUGUUGCUGCUGCUGCUGCUUUGCUUCUUGGAGAUUACAUCAUUCCUGGUGAGGUCACCAUUUUAGAGAUCAAGUUAAUUUCAUGCUCUACAAGAGAAGCAAACCACAAGGGGGUUCCCUGUUUACCAAAAGAAACAUACAAUUGCAAGCUAUUUUCCAAUCUAGUGGGGAGGGGAAAUGUUUUAGCCUUUUAAAAAGGUUUUUCACAAAGUAUUUUUUAUGAUUUGGUCUCUGGCACAUAUAAAGCUCUUUCUUUGUUGACUGGAACCUGGCUGUCUUUGCUGUUCUAGUGCAAUCAUUUUGGAAAGAACUGAUUUAUUACAAACCUGUGUGGAAUUAUUGUAGUGCUUUUUAUCAAUUAUUUUAACCCCAGACAUGUUGCUGAUAUGGGGCUCUUGUUGCAUGAAAGCAUGGGAUUGCUGUGUUUGUCUUGGCAAAUGCAUCGUGUUGGGUACUACGUGUGUGUUUUCAAACCAAAAUAUAAAGUUCUGUACAAGGUGUAAUGGAGCUUAUCAACAAACAACCUUUUGCUGCUCUGCAUCCAUAUGCUAAGUGCUAGUGAUUAUCAAAAGCCCUGUAAUUUGUUGCACCUGUGCUCAACUUCCAGAGGGAAAAACGUCUUUUCCCUAGGAAAAUGCUAAAGUAACAAGGGGCACUUAGCAGAAUUCUGCUAACGAAGUCACUAUCGUGUGCUAUUUUAAGUCAUGUUUGUAUUGCUUGUCUUGUGGGUCUUGCAGCAAAGUUCUGCUAGUUUCACAGCAAAGUUCUUUAGGACCUCAGUUGCAUAAUCUGUUGUGUAGUUCUGCUUCUUCAUAAGAAGCAGGGCAGAUAACUGUUCAGUUGCAAAAAAGAAAAAAACCCAACCUUUUGGUUUAGCGUGUUACAUUAAGGGCUUUCCAUAAUUCACUUAUUCUCCAAAAUACAGCAAAAUUGUAGCUUUUCAGACCACGCUCUUCACAGGGUGGUAUUUAUGCAAUGUGAAUAGUCUGAUAUUCUAUCUUGUGGUUAGUUUAAGCUUCACCAUUACUUUGAAACAGGAUGGCUGUCAGUGACAGAGGGGUUGAGUCUUAAGUCCCAGAUUUGUCUGUUCAUUGGAAUAGACCCAUGGAAUCUGUGCGAAUGAAGUUACCAUUUCACAUUACAAGCACCCAACUGGCAAAUGUCAUCCACAUAAAAUAAUAGUUGGAAGGGACCUGGAAGGCCAUCUAGUCAAUGUCCUGCUGCAGAUAUUUAUCCAUAAGGCACAAGGCAAAUAACUAUUUUGGCACCUUCCAUAUUCACAUUCUGUGAAGUAGAUGGUUUUAUAAACUGGGAGCUAAAGAUGUGCAGAGUUGGUCAACAUAAGGUUAGCCAGUGAUUCAUACUCAUGGCCCAGUGGUUCCUAUGAACAACUUGCGGAGGGUGUAGCUGUGUUAGUCUGUUGCAACAAGUCUUGUGUGUGCACUGUAAAAACACAACAAAUUUAUGAUGGCAUAAGCUUUUGAGGAUUAGAGUCCACUUCAACAGGCUGCUUGUUUCUCCUGCCUCUCAAGUAUGAGAUCCACAGCUUAGAUACUUUCCCCUGAACUGUUGUGAUGAAGCAUUACAUAAAUACGGAAGAUGUUCCUUGAAUUAAUUUGAAGCAUUUCUAGUACGAUGAUGAGCUUUACGCUAAAGCCUCCCAUUUCAAAUAAUGAAUGCAUAAAAUGCAGGCAAGGUAUCUACUGCUUUGCUUACAGGGUUCAAACUCAGUCUGCAGUCCUGGUCAUCUAGCUGAAGGCUGCUUUUACAUUUUAUAACAUUUGAGCGCAUACACAUGAGACUUGGUGUGUAUCUGCACCGCACCCCCAAACCACUCAAAGGAGAUGCAUGCUUAUUUUAAUUCCGUUUAAGCAUCCAGUGUUGCCUUUAUUGUGCUCUGUGUUUAUUUGUUACAUCCAUACAUUCUCCUUCCAUCAGAAUUGCACUAUUUGCGUUGGGUGUGUGUGUGACUGUGCUAAAUCUUGCAACCUGUCAAAAGUGCAACGCUGAAGUAGCUCUCAAUUUCAUUAGACAAGGGCAAAGAGUGGUUUCAAGUAUGCAAGCUAUAGAAGAGGGUUGCCCUCUGGUGGUGUGAGUUGCUUCCUGCAGGAAAGCAUGCAGCCAGUUGGAGAAAAAACCUCCUCCAAGCAACUAGGUCAUACGUUUGUCAUACAAGUUGAAGGUAGCUCAGGCUAUAUUGCUGCUCUAGGCAAAUAUUUCAGUGUGCUUUCUCCAUACCAUGCCUUUUUCUAGACAGGAAUAGGGAUUGUAAGGUCUUCGCAAGGGUUUUCCUGACUGGACCUCUCCACCCUCCCUGUGCUGCAUAAGUGAGUAGAGCAGGUGGAAAGGGCUGCAAUUGGGGAGAUAAUGCAGUACUGUCCCAGAUUGUAGUGGCAGAGGCUGCUACAUAUUUCUCUCUUCCUCUUUACCCCACACACCAGCUCACCGUAGGUUUUGCAGAGUAGCCUGGCCUCUCUUGAAAUCUAGCACCUCGGGCAGCUUCCUGACCUGCUUAUUGGGUUUAGCUUGUCACAAAGCUAGAUUUUUCAGUCUUGAAAUUCAGUUGCUUAGACAGUUCCAUUUUUCUCAGCAAUUCCCGUCCCCCCCCAAACCCACUCCAUUGCACCUUGACCAAAGAAACCAAAGAAAUUCAAACCCUCUCAGCUUCUGACAUGUGGACCUGAACUAGUUUUGCAUCAUCUGUAGAAAUUCUUCUUUGGCAAGGCAUAUUAUUAGCGUGGAGGGUGACUUUGGAGAGUUGCAUUUAUUUUGUGGAGUGUGCACAAUCUCCUUUUGGUGCAGUUGGGUUGAUAAUACUGCACACAAUGCAUGGUAUAUUACUUCAUAUAGUACUACUUAUGGCCUUACCUCUUAUGUUCCAUUUUGCAGAAUGCUAAUAUGGAGUUGAGUGUGACUGGUCCUAGGUUAGUCAUUGCAUCCCAGCACUCUCCCCUCUGAAUGACAGUGGCUCAGAAAUAGGUUUACAUUUUUCUCUCUCUGAUGUUUGUCUUGGCUUUCAAGAAAUAUUACACAAAAGCCAUAGACAAGGAAGAUGUUGCCUCAACCUGUGAUUAAAUUUCAUUGUGUAUUUGACUUAACUGGGUUCUAUGUUUUUGUUAAAAAAAAUUUUUACAGAACACACAGCGGUUAAGCAGCUCUCAGUCUACGCAGCCUCUUGCAACACCAGUUGUGUCUGUGACAACCCCAAGCUUGCCCCCACAAGGAUUGGUGUACUCUGCAAUGCCUACAGCUUACAACACUGGUAAGCUAUUCACUUGUUUGCUCUCCCUUCUCCCCUGGGUUUUGAUUUUUUGGGGGGAGAAGCCACUGAGAAUAACACAAGAUUUAAAACUCCAAUAAAUAAAAACUUAAUGGUCUUUUAAAUGUCUUAAAUUUGAAAAGCUAAGAGUUUAAAUGCCAGUGAAAUUAAAAGUUAUUUGCCUGGCACCCAAAUUAUAGCAAAGUAGUAGGCACCAUGGAAGGUUCCCUGUGUGUGUGUUCUAUAGUUGAGAAUAUGACCUGCCUCACUUGCAGUCCAAAGUGGUACACACCAGAAUUCUGCCACUUCAUUCUGCGCAAUAUGUUGGUCAGCUGUUCGAAUCUCCGAGGCAGCUAUAUCUUGCCAGUGGCCUUUUUUCCUUUUAAACAUUUUUCUGAAGUAUGCUAGAUAGUUAUUUUAAUUUAAAUCAUGAUAGUUUGACUUAGUCCCUGGACUUAUCAAUAUCUAAUGUGCAGACAUUUCUGUAGCAAGCUGUCAUAGCUGCUUUGUGAAAGCUUGAAGUUAAAAACAAAAUAAGUCUUGUUGGUAAAAAGCAAGCAGUGAGGAGACCCCAGAAAAUAAAACAAAGCCUGUCUUUCCAAAUACCGUAUUUUUCGGACUAUAGGACGCACCGGCCCAUAGGACGCACCUAGUUUUCAGGGGGGGAAAUCAAGGAAAAAAAUAUGAUUUCCCCCCCGCAGCUCUGGGAGCAGCGGACAGGCUGCACGCAGCCAGUCCCCUACACCAAGACCGUCUCCCUGCUUUUGCGGGAGGUGGCGGAAUUCCCCACCUCCCGCAAAAGCCCACAAGAGCCCCGCGCGACUCCUGCGGGCUUUUCGACCAGGAGGGAGAAGGGACUGAAACGGCCAGUCAGUCCCUUCUCCCUCCUCGGGAAAGCCCCAAGGCAGCGCGCUCUUUAAAGGGUGCGCGGGUCCUGCAGGCUUUUCUAGGAGGUGGGGAAUUCCCCCUCGUAGAAAAGCCAGCAGAGCUGCGGAGCCCCUUUAAAGAGCACGAGGCUUUGCGGGCUUUUGCGGGAGGUGGGGAAUUCCCCAUCUCCCCCAAAGCUCGCAGGGAGGAGAAGGGACUGACUCGGCCAGUCAGUCCCUUCUCCCUCCUUGAGGAAAAGCCCCAAGAGCCGCUUGCUCUUUAAAGGGUGUGCGGCUCCUGCGGGCUUUCUAGGAGGUGGGGAAUUCCCCACCUCCUAGAAAAGCCGCGGAGCCCUUUAAAGAGCGCGCGGCUUUGCCUGCUUUGCGGGAGGUGGGAAUUCCCCAUCUCCCGCAAAAGCCAAAGGAGGGUUGGAGAGUAGCGGGAGGGCGUCGCACGCCUUCCCGCUGCCCCCAAUCCUCUGGGGCUGGCGAUGGGGGCCGCGCUGCUUUCCCCACCGCCCGCCUCGACGCCGGGUUGGAGGGGAGCGGCAAGGCGGCGCCCGCCGUCCUGCUGCCCCCAUCCUCUGGGGCUGGCGAUGGGGAAGCGCUGCUUUCCCACCGCCAGCCUCGGCCGGGUUGGAGGGUAGCGGCAAGGCGUCGCGCGCCUUCCCGCUGCCCCCAUCCUCUGGGGCUGGCGAUGGGGAAGCGCUGCUUUCCCCACCGCCAGCCUCGGCCGGGUUGGAGGGUAGCGGCAAGGCGUCGCGCGCCUUCCCGCUGCCCCCAUCCUCUGGGGCUGGCGAUGGGGAAGCGCUGCUUUCCCCACCGCCAGCCUCGGCCGGGUUGGAGGGUAGCGGCAGGCGUCGCGCGCCUUCCCGCUGCCCCCCAUCCUCUGGGGCUGGCGAUGGGGGAAGCGCUGCUUUCCCCACCGCCAGCCUCGAAGCCGGGUUGGAGGGUAGCGGCAAGGCGUCGCGCGCCUUCCCGCUGCCCCCCAUCCUCUGGGGCUGGCGAUGGGGAGCGCUGCUUUCCCACCGCCAGCCUCGGCCGGGUUGGAGGGUAGCGGCAAGGCGUCGCGCGCCUUCCCGCUGCCCCCAUCCUCUGGGGCUGGCGAUGGGGAAGCGCUGCUUUCCCCACCGCCAGCCUCAGCCGGGUUGGAGGGUAGCGGCAAGGCGUCGCGCGCCUUCCCGCUGCCCCCAUCCUCUGGGGCUGGCGAUGGGGAAGCGCUGCUUCCCCACCGCCAGCCUCGGCCGGGUUGGAGGGUAGCGGCAAGGCGUCGCGCGCCUCCCGCUGCCCCCAUCCUCUGGGGCUGGCGAUGGGGGAGCGCUGCUUCCCCACCGCCAGCCUCCAGCCGGGUUGGAGGGUAGCGGCAAGGCGUCGCGCGCCUUCCCGCUGCCCCCAUCCUCUGGGGCUGGCGAUGGGGAGCGCUGCUUUCCCCACCGCCAGCCUCAGCCGGGUUGGAGGGUAGCGGCAAGGCGUCGCGCGCCUUCCCGCUGCCCCCAUCCUCUGGGGCUGGCGAUGGGGAAGCGCUGCUUUCCCACCGCCAGCCUCAGCCGGGUUGGAGGGUAGCGGCAAGGCGUCGCGCGCCUUCCCGCUGCCCCCAUCCUCUGGGGCUGGCGAUGGGGAAGCGCUGCUUCCCCACCGCCAGCCUCAGCCGGGUUGGAGGGUAGCGGCAAGGCGUCGCGCGCCUUCCCGCUGCCCCCAUCCUCUGGGGCUGGCGAUGGGGAAGCGCUGCUUCCCCACCGCCAGCCUCAGCGCCGGGUUUGAGGGUAGCGGCAAGGCGUCGCGUGCCUUCCCGCUGCCCCCCAUCCUCUGGGGCUGGCGAUGGGGGAAGCGCUGCUUUCCCCCACCACCAGCCUCAAAGAGCAGACUCUCCUGGCUUCAGCGGAAGCCACGCCAAGCCUCCGGAGCGCAGGCGCGGAGGCUUGGCAUUGCUAUCGCUGAAGCCGAGUAGUCUGCAUUCGCUCCAUAGGACGCACACACAUUUCCCCUUCAUUUUUGGAGGGGAAAAAGUGCGUCCUAUGGUCCGAAAAAUACGGUAAUAACCUAGUACCUUGUUAAGCAUUUGGUGUGGUCACUGAGAGGUCCCAUCUACCCUGUUUUUGCUAUAGGAACUCAAGCAUCUAUGGCAAUGUCAUAUUGGACUCCUUUGACAUUGUGCUGGCACAGCAGUUGGUGUGUCUUAUUCUAAUCACCUACUUGCUGGCACAGCAAAUUUGCAGGGAUGAGCUCCUGGAGAGAUGCGUAAUCAAGCACCUGAGGUUUAAACUGCUGUAUCUCAAAGACGAUUCAAUCCCUAGAAGCUCCUGUUAAAAUAUAAUUGAAGGACUUUACCUCUCUUAAUAGUGCUGUAGGCCCUAUUAGAUGCUCACAUCUCUUUCAUGAACAUUCAGACCUAAUUUAAAAGAUGUCUCCGACUUACAUUUAUUUUAUUUAUUAAAUUUGUAUACCACCUUUUUUAUCUGAAGAUCACAGGGCGCUUCACAACAUAAAAAGACAAAAUGAAAACAUAACAACAACAACAACAACAACAACAACAACAACAAUAUUUUUUAAAACAGAGACAAAAGCAACAUGCAUUAUGAUUUUUGGAUUGAUUUUGCAUACUCAAGUGUUCUUGAUUUUGAAGUCCAAGGAAGUUCUCUUGACUUCAGUCUCUGAUAUCCUAGACGAUAAUUUAUGGAUUAAAAAAACCACCCGGAGAUGAAAAUUGUAUCUGUCUCACGGGAACACACUUUUAUCUCCUUUUCCCCCCAAGAGGGUAGAGCAUAUAUAAAGCUGUAUUAGAACGUGAUUAAGUGUAGAAAAGCUUUUACAGCUCUCUUUCCAAAUUCAAAGGAAAAACAAGUGAUAAUUAUGAACUGAAAUAACUUCUUAUGUGUGAAUCAGUAGUGAUAACACUCUAAGUACUAUAUAUCCUAGAUUUAAAACUCAAAUAUCUAAUUGGUCAAAAACACAGAGGUUUAGUUUUGCAUGCUGCAUUCAUGCAACUUUUGAGAGAGAUGUUUGAGUCAGCCACUUCGCAGCACAUAAAAUGAAAAAUGGGUCUAAAAAAAAAAAAGACAGGUAACAUGCAGUUCUUCAGUCUUUGUUAUGCUGUCCAUGGGAGCUUGCUGUUAAUUCCACCAUUCUUCCCUUCCUUAUGAAUGUGCACCUAGAAUUCAUUUUUGGUAUAUAAAUUCUAUCAAGGAUUCUUGUACUUUGACUUGCAAGCAGAAAGCAGAUAAGAGACUGUCAUGCACAGGCUCACAGCUCCUGCCAGUGUUUCAACAUUCAUCCCCCAAGAGCGAAAAUAACAGCAGAAUUAAUGGUGAGGGGUUUAUUUUGCCUUUUGUUUUGAUGGCACUGUAGUCUGGAAAGAUGGUAGCAAUAUGCCUUGGAAACCAAAAGGGCAUGAGACAAAGCCACGAGUAACUUGGGAGAGUCCCCUUUGAACCAAUCUCAUAGCUUCCAAAGAAUGAGCUUGAUGUAAAAUCCAUGCUACUUGGAGACUGAUGUUUCUCCUUUCAUAUCAGCAUUUGCAGCUUUUGCUGGUGUAGAAUGGAUUUCUGCCUUACCAAAUUUCAUUGUCCGAAUAACAUUCCUUACUAGUUUCGCUUGCCGUGAACUUGCAGGGGUUGCAAAGUGCUGGUUUUAAAGCUGUAGAUUUCAUCAUUCACUUUAACAGUGAAUCUGACAGUGAAUUCAGGUGGUUGAGUGCCUAUCAGUUUGGAAGUGAAACCAGGGGCACCCCAAAACUAGGCAGCUGUUUCUGCAUUCUUGGGGAGUAACUUUGGCAUGCAGAAAGUUUGUACAUUGGAAGUGUUUGUAUUACAAUGUGUUUGUGGUUUUAUUGAAAUUUUAAUAGCCUAAUUUAUUUGUGUAUGCUUUUUUAUUCGUCUCGCUUGGUGAGCUUCGUAGCCAGUGGAUGUUAAAAGAAAAGAAAAAGAACAUUUAAAAUCCCCAAACUGCCCUCAAAACAUCUGUCAGGUCCCAGGGUUUAGAGAAUGUGGGUAGCAAGGGGCAGGGAUGGUCCAAAGGUACCAGAAAUCAGCAGACUGUGUGAGUCUUAUCAGUUAAGUGUAUGUUUGAGAAUAGUUCAGGCAUUCCAGUUUUUGCAGGGGUGGGGGCUGCGGGGAGGAAGAAGAAGGAAGUUGGCUGUUUCAGACUUAUAGUAAGAAUCCUAGAGAGGCAGGUUAAGUUUAUGAGGAUGUUGUGAGCGCAAUCCCUCUUGCUAUGCUAUAUAGGAAUGUUUCUGGAGGAAGUAAAAUUGAAAGCACGCCUUUCUCCCUCUCCAGAACCAGACCUACCCACCCCUGCAAUAUAGCAAUAAAAAAGCUCAGAUUUGGGACUCAACCUGACCUGAGCCAUUUAGCACUACAUAGGAGACUAGGUGAAGGUCAAGAGAGAGAAGAAAGAAAAGGGCAACAUUUGUCCAUUUUCUUUUGAGUGGAUUAUACAGGAACAUAGAGGGUGGAAAUAUAGCUUUAGAACCAUUAGUUCUCUUUGGGCCUAGCCUUGAGAGUCACUUGAAUGGAGGGCAUGUGUGAAUUACACUUUUUAAUAAUGGUAUAGAGAAAAUUUGCCGUUUGGGUCUUGAGGUGAAGUUAGCAGUUUUAAGAUCACAGUCUUCCAAACCAGGCUCAAAGCCGUUCUGCCAUAGUGUGCCUGAGGGAGUUGUCAUGGAUUCAAAUGCCUGUCCUCAACACAGUGCUGGCUGGUGUCAGCCCAUGAAUCUGUAACUUACACUUUCUGAUGAAUACAUGGUACAAAUAAUUUUUUUCUCUUUCUUGCUCCUUUCUUCCUUUCAGAUUAUUCCUUGACUAGUGCAGACCUGUCGGCCCUGCAGGGUUUUAACUCCCCAGGAAUGCUGUCAUUAGGACAAGUAUCUGCCUGGCAACAGCAUCAUCUAGGACAAGCAGCCCUCAGCUCCCUUGUGUAAGUGGGAACACUCUCCCACCCCCAUUCCCUGGAGGAUUGGCAGCCUUUGCUAAGUUACACCCAACUAGGCACCUCUUCCAUUUAGCCCACAAGCUCAGACUUGGCCCUAUUUGGUUAGGCACAAUGCUCUUUAACACUUCACUUUGAGUGGGUUGGGUAUACAUGGGUAGCUUGCUCAGUGUACAUACUCAUUUGUGACUUGUAGGUGUUUUGCAACUCAGUGGGCUUGGAAAGUUAUUUUGUAGGGAAAUCCUUCUGCUCCUGCUUGUGCAUUCAUUGUCCAGCGCACCCCCCCCUGCAAAUAGUGAUAUUUUAACCUUCACUUCAUUUGAAUAAAUACUCCAAUACAAAUGAAACUGAGCUGACCAUGAAUAAACUAAGCGGAGGGGUUGCCAGGAACUAGGCCGCACACUUAGAGCUUGUGCAUAUGGCUCUAAAUGGAUUGCCGAUCUGAGCACUCAGGCCUCUAUUACUGAAUUGAAGGAACAGCAGCACUUAAAAGUGCUCUAUUAGUCAUGUACAAACUUGGUUUUUUUAAAUUGUCCUUCAUGACAGUUUCAUUAAGCAGACUGGGGAAUUAGUGAUCUCAGGUACCCUCUGCACCCUCUAUGUUGGGAGCUGCUUCUGGCAGUUGACUAGAUGGGUUGUUUUGGAUUGCAGCAGUGUAGCUUGUUCUGUAGUGGCUAAAACACUGAAGGGCAACAUUAUUUUAUUACAUACACCUGUUUUUAAAACUGUUGAUUGUAUCUAUAUUUUGAUAAAUUUUAUAGUGUGCUGUUUUUAAAGUCUGUUUUUAUCUAUUUAAUGAGUAUUUUAUGUAAACCGCUUAAUAAUUUUUUAAAAUUAAGUGGUAUAUAAAUCUUGCUCCAUUGGUUGGAUAAUAAUGCACUGUCCUGGACUGUCUCAGCAUCAUAAAUCUGGGUGGUGCAUGAACACCUGUUGUGCCUAGCAAUUGGCCUGGUUUGCAUGCAAUGCUAAACCAUCACUUAGGGUUAGGUGCAAUUGCCUCUGUGAGUCUCAUCAAAGCCUUGGACUCAAAGACUCCCACCUCCCCUCAUAGGAAUAUAGGAAGCUGCCUUAUACUGAGACAGGCCACUGGUCCAUCUAGGUCAGUACUGUCUUCACCAACUGGCAGUGGCUCUCCAGGGUUUCAAGCAAGGGACAUUCCCAACUCUACUUUAGAGGUUUUCCUUACAUGCUAGCAGUAUAGAAAUAAAAGAAAUUAAAGAAACAUGUAGGUUUAAACCUGGGACCUUUUGCAUGCCAAACAGAUGCUCUACCACUGAGCUACAGCCCUCUUCCUGCACAACCAGGAGGAAUGCAGCUGGUCAGUUGCAAAAUAAGCUAACUUCAAACCUUGACUUGUUUUAACAUACUAGAGUUUAUUUUUUAAACCACACUUCCUGUUCAAACAUACCAGCAAGCCAGAAAUUGGGGAAAGCAGAACGGAAUCUCUAUGCGCUUGUCUUUCUGGUCACACAGUGGAAAGGGAAGGGGAAGGAGCCUUGAGGGUGGGGGCAUUCAGAGGCUCAAGCAUGUAGUGCCAAGCCAUGGUUUAGCGUUGCCUGCAAAGUAGCCCAUUGUCUUUUGGAACAGAAGGGUAUGUUAAAACUUGCGUAUAUGCAGCCAGAUUUGUUCUCAGUCUUGUCCAGCAUUGCUGCUGUUCCUUUUCCCCUGCCGUUUCCUUUUGUGUUUGCCUUUCUGAAAGUUUGGGUGGCGGGGCUGUGCCUUGCUUAUAGCUCAUCUCUGUGAAGCCCUAUAAAUAACAUUGCUUUUCUCCUCCCACCCCACCUCCGGUUUGAAUUUUUUACUAGGACUGGAAGCCAGUUAUCUCAGGGUUCCAACUUAUCUAUUAAUACCAACCAAAACAUUAACAUCAAGUCCGAGCCAAUUUCGCCUCCUCGAGACCGAGUGACCCCAUCCGCGUUCCCCCAGCAGCAGCAGCAGCAGCAGCAGCAGCAGCAGCAGCAACAGCAACAGCAGCAACAGCAGCAACCUCAGCAACAAUCACGUCAGGAAAUGGGCCGCUCUCCCGUCGACAGUCUCAGUAGCUCCAGCAGUUCGUACGAUGGCAGCGACCGGGAGGACCCGAGGAGUGACUUCCACUCGCCGGUUGGACUGGGAAGGCCCCCCAGUUCAGAAGACAGAGAGAGCCCGACUGUAAAGCGGAUGAGAAUGGAUACUUGGGUGACAUAA